UUUUUAUUUUCUCGCGACAGGUCGGUAAAAUGGCUGUGUCUCGCGGAGCCUCGUGCUGGUUUGGUUGAUUUCUAGCUCGCGCUCUCGCUCUGUAACAGAAGCCCCCCCUCCAACACACACACAUACACACACACUCACACACACUUGAGUCGGUGAAAUUCAUUUCCCUUGCUCUGUAUUUAUAAAUUUUUGCUUCUUAAAACUUUCCCCUCUCUGUUUUAACUUUAAACGGAGUCGCGGUGGAUUACCGGAUACCGGUCCGGGCGGAGGGCAGAGGGGGGAAUGAACCGGGACAACUGGUACGUGGUUUUAAAUCUAAUUGUAUUUAUAUUCAAUGGUUUUUCGGAGUUUGAUUGUGAGUGAGUCGCCGUGCUGAGAGAGAGAGGCAGAAAAAGAGUGGAGGAGAGAGAGAGAGAGGGAUAUCAUGGCCGCUCAGGUUGCCAGCGUCGCCACUCUCAACACUAGCCCGCCAUCCGAACUCAAAAAGCCGGAUCGGGACCCACAGGAGGAGUCGGUACCGGGAGAGAAGCAGCAUGAAAAUAAGGAACCGGGACCUGACGGCGGAUCGCCAGGACAGAAGGAGCUGCAGGACGGGACCGACGCUGGAAAUGCUGGGGGAGGAGGGGAUCCUGAUAUGAAGAACGGCAACGGGAAUUUGCCCAGGGUAAAUAAUAAUAGCAGUAACCAGAAUGAUGCAGGCGGGCCUGAGGGGAAUAACCAUCCCGGGAUGGGACACCACCACCAGGGCCCCUUUCCUCCUCCUCCUUACGGUUACAACCAGCACUACAGCCGGGCCCCUUUUCAUCAACAUGGCGGACAACAAAGCCCUGGCAUGGCAGCUGCAUCGGGGCCGGGCAUGAUGGACCCUUACCCCCCUAAUUCACACGAACACGGCUACCCAAACCAUUAUAACAACUACAGCCCUUUCCAGAGCAGGACUUCUUAUCAGGGCCAAGGGUACGGGGCCAUGAAUUCCCCGCGUAACAACCAGCCUCCGGCGGCUGGGGGGCAGCCAGGCAAGCAACAGCCAGCAGGAGGAACCACAGCCAUGGCUGCCUCUUAUAAUAAUCAGAGGUUUAACAUGGGGAACCAACAACCUACGUCUACACCUACUUUAAAUCAGCUUUUGACAUCCCCAAGCCCUGCCAGGAGCUACCCGAAUUACCCCCAAGGAGACUAUAACAAUCAGGAAGGGGCCAAUAAGGGACCAGGAGAUAUGGGUAGCAGUCAGUAUGGUGGGGUCCAUCCGGGUUGGCAACAAAGGAGCCACCAUCCGCCUCCCAUGAGCCCGGGAAACACUGGACAACCUCCAAACAGAAAUCAGGUAAACCCCUCUCACUGCACUGACACUUUUGGACGGAGUUAAAGUCAGCCAGUAGCUCACAGAAAGCACUGUAGAGUUGCAUAUUGCAUUGGACCAGCCAUUGUCUAUGUAGUAAGAGCUCUAAAAUGGCUGCCUCCUCUUUCUCCCAAUACCACCCCCUUCAACAGUGUUUAGACAGAGAAAGAAGCCGCAUUUUCUGUGAGAAACAACUUUCUGACUCGUCGGUAUUAGUAUGUGUCCCUGCUGGGUGCAGGGCAAGAGUUUGACUAAGUAGAGCAAGAGUUUGUCAGGAGAAAGUGUGUGUGUCUGUAUGUGUGUGUGUGUGUGCAGAGAGAGGGAGAUAUGGUGGUAUUUCUAGGCUGUGCUUCUUCAGCCUCAUUGUAGAUUAAAGUGCUGUUUUUUCUAGGCUUCCUCUCGCACUUGUGUUGCCAUCAGUGCGAUCAAGAAAUAGUGUCAAAGGCUGUCAAGAUCAUAAACAAGAUGCAAAUGACAGCGAUAGCCGUUAAAUAACAUUUGCAUAAUCAUUAAGAAAAGACCUCUAUGUGGGUUAAAGAGCUGCUCGCACAGUCAAGUGUAAGCUGUAUCUCACAGUCCAGUUAAUGGCAACAAUUACAUCUGCCAAGUGUUUACUCGGAUCAAAGUGUGAUUGUGACCGCGAUUGAUUCAUCCUGACGGAGGAUUUUCAUUCAUUGUGACUCGGUUCGGCUCCGUUUGCCUCUUUUUUUCCUCCCCCUCCGCGUCUCUUUCCCGCAUGUGCCGCCUUGUAAACACAGCCCCGCUGGUUGGAGUUGGCAAAGUGCAGAUUGCCUUUGCUUUGGGAUUUGAAUUAUGGAGGUAAAAUCCUGCUGUCAGAGCCAGGAGACAGUUGGUCUUAGGUUGACAUGCGAGUCGAGAUCUGAUUGGCUCCCCCAUCCCUCCGCUCUCGGCCAUUUAUAAUUGCAUCUAAUGGAAAGGCUGCAGAAAAACAGCCCUCUCUGCCCGCACAUAUCCUCCACCGUGUCAUGAAAACACACUCUUACUGCCCUUUUUCUUUCUUUAUUUUUAUUUUAUUGUUUAAAAAAAUCAUUUUAAACACCAUUCCCUGCAUUUCUCGAGUCUCAAAGAUGGCUUCUGUAUUUUUUCAACUUUGAUUUCAUCUGUAAAUCUUUCAUUGCCACUCAUGUAGAACAGAAACUGCAACACUUAUCCAUAUUUAGAGACUUAAUUCAGUCGCUUUAUGUAUUGAAAUCACUUUAAGGACACAUUAUGUUCUCCCCCUGCAGUAAUUUGCAUGUUGACUGUAAACAUGUAGCUCCACCAUUGUUUUUUUAUAUUUUUUGAUUGAACCAUAACCUCAUCUGCGCUUAGUUGCGUCUUUAUAGUUGUUAGUUGUUGACCGGUCACACGCACCUGAAGUUUCUCAUUUUUUUAAACUCUCUGGGUACACUCUGCUCCGUGUGCAAGUCGAACUGACUCUGGUACAGCAGAUAGAGUAGGUGUGGUCAUGUAGCUCUGUUGUACAACUGUGCUUCUCACUGCUUCCAGAUCAGGACUGAAAGAGACUUUGUUCCAGAGUAUCUUGUGGCCACGUGAGUGAGUUGGACUGACUGCUGUUGUGUUUACAAGCAGCCAAGGUGUCAGUCUAGUGUCACAGUUUUUUUUUUUUCCAGCAGGUUUAUAAUAGCCUAAUUUACUUCUUCAUGCAGAGAGAGUAACCAUGUCAACAGCGCUCAGCUACACCUCUCUCUCUCUCCUUCUCACUCAGUGAUAACAGCCACAUGGUUUGUGUUUUCGUUUGACAGGUAAUUGUCAUGAGUGUUUGGACCACAGUUGAAGACUCUCCUAUUCGGAGAAGUACAUCUUCCACUUUAGUUGUAUUUCUGAUGAAGGCUGAUAUUGAUCAUACAGUGGGACGGAUGUAUUUGUGAGACUUGUGAUGAAACUUAUUAUUAUCAGCGGAAAUCAAUGAUUGUGGAUAUGUUUGUAGUAUUUGGUGAAUAUUCAAGCUGGACUUUAAAAAAUAUUGUCACUGCCAUGGUCUCAUUAAGGUACUCAGAUGGUUGCGCCGGGUGAGAAUUAAGUUUUUUUAAGCUAGCUGCUUUUAAUUGAAGUUUUUCUGAAUUAAUACAAUAUUUGUUAUGGUGUUAUGAGAAGUUUUGAUGAACAAGAACUAUUUUAUUUUUCCAAAAUUAAAGUGAUACUGGUACCCCUUUUUGACAGCUCUCAUUUAGGCCAAAAAUGGGCAUCUGACAAAUUUGUUUCAGAAUUAUUUUGGUUUUCGUUUGUGGCAGUAGGCGUUACUCAUCUCUUUUCAGUUUCAUGGGAUUGCGUUAGUGUCUGGUAAUAGUAUGAGUUUGUAUAUUUGCUCAAAGACAUAAGAACUUUACAGUUUUUCCAGACCUGUUCCAGGGCUAAAAAUGAAUCGUUUUACUUGGGAGAAGCACUGGUGCUCUCAACUUAAAAAAAAUUAAGUGCACAAGCAAAAAUUUAGGAGCUCACGACUGAAACGAAGGAUGAUAAAUAAAUUAUAGUGUGAACCAUUACCACAGGCUUUACAGUGAAUGCAGUGCAAACUCUUCCAGCCACUGUCUGAAAACUGGGAGCUGUCUUUGCCACUGGUCACUGCGUCACCACUGCCAUCACCAACUUUAGGAGUCACAUUUUUGUAAUGUGGGGCGGCCUGCAGUAGAAAUCCCUCAGCGUUUGCCGGAACUGUACUGAUUUUGCAUCACUUUCUAGAUUCUAGAUCAAAUCAUGUGGUUAAAAUGGUUUUCAGUUUCAAGCCAUGCUUUCUGAUCUAUUUUGUGCUGCAGCGUUUCUCUAUGAUAAGUUGGCUCAAUAUGGCAGGAUUUGUAAAUAUAAGGUGAUGCAUCUGAAAUAAUUUCAGGCAUAUAGGAUAGCUACCCAUCGAGUUUAGCUGUGGCAGUGCUUGUCAAUUUAGGAAAAUAAAGCAGAUUUUUUUUUUCAUAAAAUCUUUCCUUACACUUCUGAGACAAUUAUUUUGGCUAUUAAAAAGAACUGAACAGCUUUUUUAAAAAUCUACUGUGCUAGACAAACUCGGUAAGUACAUCAGUCGUAAAUUAGAGCUGCAAUGAUUAGUUGACGCGAUCGAUUACAUCAACUACAUAUAUUUGUCGAUGCGAAAAUUUCAGCAUUGACGCGUUGUGGUAUUGUUGUAAUCACACACAUGCUGCUUUAUUUUUAUCCGAAACUGCAGUGCACUACAGCAAUCGCCUUGGGCAGUAUCGGUCGCUGUUUACAUCCCACAAGGAAACAGAGAAGAAUACACGAAAUUACGGUGGAACAAACGAACUAAGAGGAUCGAAAACUCCAACCUAAAAGUUCCAAAGUUUGGGUACAUCUCACUGAAAAUAAACCAGCGAAAAAAUGCAGUCUCUGUUAAGCUCAUCUCUCAUUCCAUCGUAGCACUAACACCUUAAACUCCGACAACCCGGAGCUGCAGAGAGAUAGGUUCACAAAUAACGUCAAUACAAUGUGGAUAUCUUUAAAUCACAUGCUUAUUUUUUAAUUAACCAUCGGCCUAUGAUGCAAGUACAUUAUACGUUUGUGUCAUAUGUCUAUCAAUCGGAAAAUUGUGGCGGAAGCUUGCUUAGCAAACGCUAAUUCACUUACAUGAAUGUGUACUGAACUUAAGAUAAUCGUAAUUAAUUGACUAAUCGAAAAAGUAACUGAUAGAUUAGUUAAUAACAAAAUAAUUAUUGUAAAUGACUAAAGCUUUUUUGUUUCAGUAAAAGAACUUUGAUAGAAGCGCUUUGCACAUAACAGAAAUCCUUGUGCUAGUAUGUUGCAUUAGUCAAAUAUAAGCCCAUAAGUCAACCCUGACUAUUUUAUAAAACCUCCUAACAGUAACAUACCUGGCUGAGAUCUUGGGGAUGAAAGAGUCUAAGGCAUCUAAGUAGAAUCAGAGUUUCUGCUGUGUUUAAAAAAAGGUUUAUUUUUAUAAGAAGGAGGAUACAUUGUGAUAUAGUUGUUUAUUUCCAUUGAGCCAAAGAGUGUCCAUUAAGCACAAACUGUUCAUCUCAACAAGUCCACCACCUGUUGCUUGGCAGUUAAAGGUGCAAGCCUUCACACAUCUGAUUGCCACUUUGGUGCAUCUCAGCGGGGUAAAUUGCUUCACAGUGCAACUUUGCACAUCCUGUCUAGAUGUCAGGAAAAGGUUUCAGAUCAAAAUGCCUAACACUGAUGUCCAGAUAUCCUGCAACGUUAAUGGUGUGAUUUUUACAUGUCAAUCAAGACGAACAUGUUCUUUAUCAUAAUCCGUUUAAAGUGAUAGGAAACUCUAUUUUGGAUCGCUGCUUGACCAUUUUUGUUUCAAUCUGUCACUUUCUGUGUGCAGAGAAGUGUUGAACCCAAGGGCAGCUUCAACUUUUGGCAAACAGGGUGAAUUGACAGCAUCUCACUCAGCGUGGAUGGGGAGCUUUUCACAGUUUUAGUUCAUUUUUGGACAUCAAGACAGGCAUAUUUUUACAGUCAAGUGUUUAGUCAAGCUGCAAAAUUGUAUUUUAAAUGCUCCAACUUUACUUUUGUCGGUGUGAAAUGAACUGUUCUGCACUUUUUGGAGUACGUGUUUUUAGCCACGUUUUUCAUGGCUCAUGAAGAUAAUCAAAUUAUUUUUUAAAUGUGGAUUUCAUCUCAAUCAAAUCAAAGUUGAUAACUGUUAUUCACAAUUUUUAAUUAGAUUUAGAUUGAAGCGUUCAGUACUUUUUACAUCUUAAACCCAACCUUUAUUAUUUGAAUUGACAUCAAAUAGCUUUGGUAAGAUAGCAUUGUCAUUAAAAUACACCAGAUUUGAUAAAUUGUUUGCAGUUGUUUCAAGGACAGAAGUAGAACUUAAAUGAACAAAUUGAAGUAACAAACUAAGGAAAGGUGUUUCUGUCUCUGAGAGCAGAAUGCAAAGAAAUCUGCUGCCUCUUUAACUGCACAGCUUGCUCUGGGAGACAGAUUGAAACAGUUUGGCACUGUAAAACACAAGUUGAGGAAAAAACUAACCUGAUAAGUAUUCAUAUAAUCGUUGAAUUCCUCAAAAAUAACCUCUUCUAUCUUAUUCACAGACAUCUGGCACACUUUUUCAUCUCUAGAUAUCAAUCCAUGCCGGUUUUUCAUAUUGACUAAUGGGCUUUAAGAGUAGACUGUUCUCAUUACACCAGUGUAAAAGAAGAGUCUGCUAUGGUGGUCGAAGCACAAUAAAAGCAAGGAGAAACUGUAUUUCUGCGGAAGGUAAAUUGGCCCGAUCAGCACUUAAAUUGAGAGGAACGAGAAUAACCUGAAACUUUUUUUUUUGUCCCUAUUGUUUUCGGAGGUGCAGGUGCACAGAGCGCAUUAUCUUAAUGGGUAUAAUCCCAGACGUGGUACCUGGAGAACAGGAACCCUCACAAGGGUAAAAGGACAGAAAGAUGACCUGAUGGUUUCCUCUUUUGGAACCUGAACGGUUGUCGUGAGAGGCCACCACUUAGCGCACUAAAUGUUCACCGGGGACGUGAUUCCUCCGGAUGUUUCCGGAAUUCCGGAUUUUCCAUCCUGAAGAGAUGACCCACAUGAAUCACGGACAUCCUUAAAAUGAGUUUAACGAAAUAAGGGGGGUGGACUGGAAAGUACUCAGACAUCUACAGGCUAAAAUGCGAUAUGACAGUAUACUCGCAAGGGUUGGAAUCAGCCUGUUGUUUUGAGAUGGAUCGCAGUGAGCCAUGACGGCUGUUUGUGUUAAUUUACAGGCUCUGAUGCACUUUAAAACAGCUGAUAUAGCCAACUCUGAUUCUGAUCAGUAUGUUGUUUCCAUAUCUCUAUUAAAAACGCUGUAUCCACCUCUGAUGCCAACAUCUAGCACCUUAAAUGUGCCUGUCACAGAAACUUUCUUGAAACCCCUCCGCUGAUCAAAAUCAAAAGAAAGAAUAAGAGAAACAAAGUCGAUUUCCUCUUUAUCCCGUGGGCUAGCUCAACCGUCUUACAGUAUUUGUCGCAGAAAUUAAUCAAAGUCUGAAUUAUGAUCAAGUUUCAAAGUUUUUUCCUCUCCUUUCAUACACACAAAUUUUAUGCAACACAAAAUUGAAUGACCUGAACAUGGACCACAAGUUGGCAGCCUUCAAUAUCAGAAAACCUGAAGUGCUAAAAUGUUAAAACAGAGGUCUAGACAUGCAUGAAAACAACAUGCACAUGUACAGCUGUCUAAAGAGGACGCUAACCUUUUAAGAAUUAUAUGCUUGAUGCUUUUGAAUAAAUAUCGUAUGUUUUCGUGUGUGGAAUGGGAGGGUAGUAGUAGUCACAAUUCUAGCCGAUAUUUUACAUUUUCAGAUUUUAUUUUCACACUUGUAUGGGAAGAUAUUAAACUGUUGGAGGUAGAAAGUGAUCAUUACUCAUUGUAUUAUUGUUCGAUGCAUCAUUGUCUGUGGUUACCACAGAGUUUUGUGGUCAGUGUUUUGGUUAUCAUAGAGUUAUUUUGCAAUUCUCAGCUGAAAUUUACUCAGCCUGCAAAAAAAACCGAUUUCUUUGAUAUUGGAUCUUAUGAAGGAUAUGUAAAGAAAAUUAGUUGUUGUUUUUAAUGCAUUUUGUUGUUGAUUCUUUGUUUUUUUGAUCGUUCUAUCAGUUAAGGCUAUAAUAACCCGAUGGAUUGCCUUGUGGAUAGUACUGCAAUUCAUCAAAUUUCAACCUGUGUUAUGAUAUCCCCCAUAGUGCUGGUUGAAUUUGAAGAGUACAGAUUGUCCUCUGCUGUGGAGUGGUCCAUAAAGAGUGCUGUUAACAGUGUUUAAACAGACUUUAUUAAAUGCUUCAACUCCUCGUUCAUUAACUGUGGCAUGAUUGGCCUUUUAAUUUCAGGAUUUAAUGCCAGUAAUGUUUUCUAUGGAUGAUUUCGUACACGGGUAUCUCACCUGCAUCAGCCACCUGCUGACGAUGAAUUAAUGUGUUAAUUGGCUGUUGGGUGAGGGCUAAUAUUAUGGCUCCUCAUAAUGCCUUGCUCACAAACAAACACUCUGAAUUGGAUUGUAGUGCAGUAGGUUGUUUUUGGAUGCUAUAACGCCAGGUGUUUCCCCCCCGCCUCACACGUGGGAACGAGCCAUCGGGGAUGCCCUCUCAUCUCUGCAAGGCUGACUUCCCAAAUUGAGUAUGAAUGAAAUCGUAAUGGAAGACACUUUGUAAAUAUUUUGUUUGUUGAGGUAGUCUCACAGGUUAGACCGAGUGAAAACAGCAAAAGCGGGGCUGUUAAAUUGACUGCUGCUAAUAAACGCACCGCUCUGUGGCUGAUAUACGAGGGAAGCCCCUUUGCAAAUUGGAAAGAAGUGUCCAGGUAAACAGUUUCACUGUGUCCAAAACUCUUAAGACUUGAUAAAGAUGGAAUACAUUUGUAUUUGAUCGAGUAAAUGCCUUGACAUGCUGUGCUUUCGUUUUCAAAAGUGAAUCUCACAGAGGUGUGAAGUGUCACUUCCUUUUGGUUAUUCUAGAUAUUCUAGAUUCUCGAUGUCUGACAACACUCGAACUGCAUAAGUGUACUCAGAGGCAUGCAGCUAAGGGUUUUGAAGUGUAAUUUUUCAUCAUGUUUUUUUGUCAUAAACGAAAUACAUCACCAAAAUCUAUACGGGCGCUACUUGACUAUAACUCUCAAUGUACAGACAAGAACAAAACGACCGUUUAAGUUGUGGAAUGAGUUUGUAACAGUAUAGAGAUUUGAACAAAAGAAGUUUUUGAUAAUUAAUGCAACAUUAAAGGACUUUAAGCUAACAAGACUCCAGUGAAAAGGCUGAGAGUGUAAAGGUAGUCGAGUUGUUAUGAUUCACACCAUGAAAGUGUUUCGAAGUUACUAACUAAUGAAUUUCAACUACAGAAAGUGAGACACGGUUUAUAACUUUUACUGAAUUGUUCAGUGAAACCGACACACGUUUCGAAGAAGAAAAUAUCCACAACGACUUCCACCUUCUGUUCUGGCUGUGUUUGUUAGGGGGGGUUGGUGCUGUGCAGAAGAGGAAGCGCGAGCAUUUGAAAAGGAAGUUCACUCUCAGCUCUUUAGUGUGCACUGCUGAGUAAUGAUUCUCCACAGGCCACAUGGACAGCAUGCUGCCUCCCGGCAACUCUGUAUGUUUGUGUGUGUGUGUGUGUGUGUGUGUAUGUGUGUGAGAGAGAAAGGGGACGGUUUGUGUGUGUAUGAGGGAGAAACGGUGUCAGUGAUACCCAGGGGAGGGGGAGGGGAGGGGAGGGGAGGAGGGGGUGUUUUGUGAAUGAUCUUCGUCUGCCCCUGACAGCUGUGUGUAUUUGUGUAUAAAGUGCAGCAGUUACUUGGUGGUCGGUGGGAGUGUGUGAGUGUGUAUUUAUGUGUGUGUGUCACUGCCUCAGGAGCCUCUCUGACCUGCUCUUACUACUUGUGUCACCAGCCAUCCGCCGCUGUGUAGUAACAUCAUCUUGCUCACAGCCACAGACAGAAAAGCAUUUUGCAACUAAGUCUUUUUUUCUCGUCUUUAUUUUGGCUGUUUUUAUUCCUCUACUCUCAGAAAUUUUAUCCUGAAGAAUCCUGAAUUAUGAACGGGGUAUUAAGUUGGGUUAUAAGACCGUCGUGAUAUUAGGUAAAAAUUUAUGCCCAUUUAAUAACAAACACUUUUACAUGGUUAUUGUUUUUGCCAACAUGUAUGCGUCCAACAAACAGUCCAGUUUUGAGCUAGUGUUGAUGGACCCUCAAACCUCGCCAUACGUUUGUUUUAAACUUUAUAAUUUAGCAGGCUCAAGGAUUUCAGUCGUCUGUUGUCUGAGAUUAGAGAAAAAUGAAUGAACACACCUGAUUCAAAUAAUAAGCUCGUUAUUAAGCCAUCACAGAGCUUGAUAACGAGCUGAUCAUUUGAUUCAGGUGUGUUGGAGCAGGGAAACAUCCAAAACAUGCAGGACAGUGGGCCUCGAAGACUAGACUUGAAAACCACUGAGUUCGACUAUUGCAGCAGUCAUCCUCUAAAGAAAUUUGACAGGUGAAGAGAUUUAAAUAUGAUUUCAAGCACUGAAGUUUCUUUGCUUUUAAUGGAGGACCUCUAAAAACAACUCUUCUCCUGAGAGAAACUUGGAUGGAUGUGGAUUGAAGAGUCCUAACCAAUAAAAUGUCAGGUGUUUUUACCAGUUUGACUUGUGUUUAUUAAUUUUGGACAGAUUUUCAACUGGCUAAUUUUGAAAUAAUAAAAAAAAAUCUAAAAUAAAACAUUAAAAUGGUAUGUACCUGUGAAUUCAUAUUGAAAAUUGAAAUAGUAAUUGAGUUAUAGACUUAUUUUUCCUCUAACUUGCAUAAAACUGAUCAAAACAUUAAAAAAAUUAUCACUUACUUGAGAGGACCUUUCUUCAUUAAAAGUCCUAUUUAAAUAUGUAAAUAUUUUGUAGAUUUGAUCAAAAAGUUGUCAUGAACACAAACAUAUUUUUAACUUUCUGAAUACAUUUUUCAUUGUGCGUUCUGCACAUUCAUGGUUUUGAUUGGAUUGAAAGUGUCAUUUACAGUAUUGUUCCAACAUCAUCGUCAACGAACACAACACUGCUGAAUAUAUGUGUAGCGUUUGACUGACGAAAUGCUCAUGAAUUUUGCAACUCUGUUCAUCGUCCACCACCAACGUUUUCGUCUAGUCUCGUCACAUUUUAGUCAUCAAAGACUUACGUUUAGCUCAUCAAUAUCACAUCUUCGCCGUGGAAAACAACACUGCUCAUUUAAGCGGACAAAGGAAAUAAACAGUGUUUUGAUUCUCAAAUCCUUUUAGUCACAAACAUGCAUAUCAUGUUCAUAUGUUGUGCAAUAACCCCAAGCUCUAGAUUUGCCUGUUAAUGUACUUCCACAAACCAUGAAAAAAAAGAUAUUGUGUUAUCAGAUUAUUGUUGCCUCUCGAAGAGUAAACUAUGAAUUUAAAUAACUACAUGCACAUUGUUGCACAUUAAAAACACUGAGUGAAAAACAAGUUCCUCUCUGGACAAAUGUCAAAGUUGGGCUUCUGCAUCAGGGCACGCUGGGAUGUAAAGGUAAUUCAUUUCUUUUGACAUUUGCCUUCUAAAAUGCUCCAGAUUAGCAUAGUAAUAUCUUUGAGCGAGCCCGUGUGAGACUACAGACUUAAUUUACAUGACGUAUGGUGUGUGUGUUUUUAUGGAAUAAGGUGGUUAACCUUUAAAUUGGUGCAGUUGUUGAUGCUAGAAGGUAGAGAAGGAUGCUUCCUCCUCGCUCUCAUACAGCCGCGCUCACCUUUGCUCUCUGCUCGAAAAAAAAGCCUCAUAUAAAAAAAAAAGGGAAGCAGGGACCAAGAGCAUCUGAGGAACAGUUGGUUUUCUUUCUCUCUUUUUUCGUGGAACUUUAUCAUGAUGUCUGUUUUUGCAGAUUGUGCCCUCCAGUCAUAGUUGUGCUUUUUGUUUUGCCUAAUGUUGUAUGCACUGUUUCUGCUUCUUUUGAUAAAACUAAAAAUGUGGUGUGCUGCAUACAUGGUAAACAGGAGCGGGGAAACAAGCCUGCGAAGCCUCCAGCCGCCUCGUAGAUCAAUACUCAAAUCUUAAAUCCAGUGUAAGCCUCAUUUUAGAUCUUGAUUGAAGACAAAUCAAAUCAUUUAAGAUAAUAAAUGAUGUAUGUGUAAAUAAAUAACAUGGUAUGGAGAUGCUUGGGGAGGCUGUGUUAACAACGGUCUCAUGAUAUAUUGGUUUUGCGAUAACUGAGGUAUUGCAAGACACUCAUAUGGUGUUAAAUCACCGUAUCUGAUUACCAAAGAAUAGGAAAUGCCUCUGAAAGGUCAAGUGCAGGGUUAAUGUCUUAAGCGCUGCCACUAGAAUUCAUGAAGUGGUUACACUCUGGUUAGACGGUCUUAUUUAUUAAAUCAAAAUACAGUGAUGCACCAAUAGGGCUGAUACUGCUGUAAUAACACUGUGGCCAGUAGCUGGUACAGAUGUUUCUUGCAUUACCUCUUUGUCUAUUUUUGUGUCUGUUUUUUAAAUGAACUUAAAGAUUUGAUGUAUUAAAAAUAAGUCAGAAUUGAUCCAGCAAGGGUCUGAUAAAAUACAAAACAAAACAAAAAACUCCUGAAAUUCUGUUGAUAGUUAACCGGUUCACGCUACAGCCUCUCUGCUGUGAUGCUCUCCGUCCCUCGGCUUUUCAGGCUUUCUUGCUCCUAUCUGUUUUCACUCCUCCACAUUAGCAGCAUGAAUGUUUGCGCUGCAAGUGAAAAGAUAAGGUGCUCCGAUGUUAACUUUUUCCAUCCACAGUUCUCUCUUGCUCUUGAACUUUGUUGUGCAUCGACCUGAGGUCCUAGCUAUGGAGGGUGUUCUCCAUCAUCGUACCAGACACACAACAUUGUAGGCCACCAAAGAAGUUUGGUCAUAAAAAAAGUCAUGGUAUUGGGAGAGUGAAAUAGUAAAUUUUCCAGCUCUUAUAUUUCACUGACCUUAAGGAGUUACUGUACAUUAUUAUUUCAGAGAAGCAGACUAAUGUUUACAGCAUUUCAACUGACACCUCUCUGUGUACAGCAGUGUACCAGGCGGCCUGUUUGAUACGCCGCCAUUGUUGUGUUUUGAUUUGAUCGGCUCAUGGUUAGAAAAAAGAGCAGGCCGUGGUCAGCAGGGACAAAGUUACGCAGACAAAAGCCACAUCAGAGCGCUUGUUGAGCGUCAUUGUUUCUGGCCCGUGCGGCAGGUGACUAUGAUUUAUGCACCACAGACGUAUUGAAUUGUAUCGAGCGCCUGAGCGAUGCAAAGUUUGGACUCGGUUUUGUGACGCUUGAAAGUGCGGCGGUAGAGACAGCAGUUAACUGUUGUUGGCAUGUUCUUCUCUCUCUCCGCUCUCCUGAUGAUUUGCAUGGCCAGGCUCCAGUUCACCUGUUUAGUCUGUGAGAGCACACAAAUUAACAAUCCCAACGGUCUCUCCUGUCCAGUUCAAUCCGUCGCUCAUUUGUUUCUCACUGAGGCCUGAAACAUCUUGGAAAAAGAGCCAAUUCUUCCCCUGCUGUAGUUAAAAUUUAAAGUGAAACUCAAUAUCCCAAUUAAAUUACAAGUUCAUCAGUCGGAUUAUGACAUGGCAUGUUUUCCUCUGGCUUGGUGUGUGUGCGUCUGUGUGUGUCUUUGUGUGCAGAGCAGUGUGUCUGACGUAAGUGUCGGAGUUGUGACUCGAACCAUGAGGCACGCAGUGACCCAGCCAGGUCCUUAAGUGGCUUCGCCUCAUUCAGUAGCCAGGGUAUUUUUGGCAUAGUAGUGAGUGACACACUUAUCGUAAUGGGUCGUCCAGGGUGCCAAUGGUCAGCCUGAAUAAGCAUCCUUCCCGGCAGCCCAGCCUGAGCCUCGGCAACGUGAUGUAACCGAUCACUGUCUUGCCUCCAGUGCUGACAGGGGAGUCGCUGUCCACUCACACAUCGAGUGGCUUAUCUCUGAGCGGGAGCGCGGGGCACCAAGCGCUCUUUUUACCUGAGCAGCCAGGUGAAGUGCUCAUGUAACCCGAGGAGCCUUUUCUACACUGUCCUUCACAGCGCUUCCUUAAAUAAUCCACACUGCUCAGUCUAAUAAGAACUGUAAACACUUUGUGGAAGCAAGGUAGUGUGUUUAAAUAAUCAUCAUUUGAGCUCUGCUUUGGUUUUGAUAUUUUAUUCUCCUUUCAUUAACGAAGAAAUAAUUUGUUUAUAUCGCCGAAUGAAAAUCAAGUCAGACAAUGAAGCGCGUCUUUUAAAAAUGUUGAUGUAAUUUUUUGUUACAUUGGCAUAGCAGGUCCGGGGAGACAAGUAUAACUUAUGUGGAUGCAAGGUUCCUACACAGUUGGAAUUUCCAUACUUUUCCAUUGCCUACUUUUCAGAAUUAUUUUUGGAAAUACCUACGUUUCUAUUUUAGAAAACAGUAUUUCAAAGCUGUGGUUAUAGUCUGGAAACAUAAAUAUCUUUCAAUACAUAUGUUUUCAUUUUCCAUACUUUUUGAGAUCUGGAAAUUGAUCACAUUUAUUUACAUACUUUUUCAUACUUUUCAUACUUUCCCUGUGGAUGGAAAAAUCUCACUAAGAUUUAAUCCAAUCCGAGAUCAUGAUACCCAAAUCUAGACAUGUUAGACUGAAUCUGGUUUGAUUAUGAAGUUAAAAUCAACCGUGACAUGACUAUAAAGAUUUGGUAAAUAAGUCACCCAUAACAUACUUCAAAGUCUGUCCUAACAGAAAUCAGUUAGAAUUAGACUCAAGAGGGUGUGUUGUAGACCUAAAUAAAUAAAAAUAAUAGAUAUAACAAGUGAUCCAGAAAUCCUCUGAAUCUGAAUCUUUAUUCAAACUUUCUUUGAACGAGUCAAAGUAUUCAUAACAUGGUCUAAAAUUAGCCACAUUUAUUCCAAGAAUGUUUCUGUCAUUGGUUGUCCUUUUCAACACUCACUGCCAUUGCACGUUUUAGUUGCAUUUAAAUGUGGAUCUCAUACCCAGCUCUAGUUUUUAUCUUGAAAUGAGUAAAUAUUAAUUUAAAGCUAAAGGAAAAUAAAACCUAAGGAUUCAUGUUGUGUCUGCUGGUACAGCUUCUCCAGUUCACUAUCCCUCCACGGUGAAAAGAUGAACAUCUGGUUCCCGCUCCACCAUUUCUCACCACAACGUGCGCCGUGUCUGCCGGCCACGUUCGCCUUGUCCUGUUCUCAUCUCGCUGCUGGGAAUCAGCCUCUGUCACCUGGAAAUAUAAGUUUGGCCUGACAGGUUGACAGCUUGCAGUCAGGGUGAAUGUUCACCCUCAUGUACCUCCAGCCUCAAUAUCACACUGACAGACCAGGCAGCAGCAGGCAGCCCUCUAUUUUUUACAUCAGCCAAUAACUGGACAGCCUCAGGAAGCCGCUCUGAUCUCCCUAACAGGAGAUAUUUUUGUCAGAGUGCACUGGGCCUGUCAGUACAUUGCUGGAAACCAGUGACUACCCAGCAGCUUUGUUGUAAUUCAUCAGUUAAGGUAAUGCCUAUAACACCCAUCAAAUUAAUAUGAAUCAUUGUGGAUGGCUCUUUACUCAGCAGCGAUAUGUCAGAGAUAAUAAAAGCUGUUUUAGGUUUCAAUGAGGGUAAUCUGUGUUCAUUUCAGUUUACACCGGUAUGUUAGCAAAGAACAUGUUUUUGAAAGUAUAUUUCCUUUCCAUUUGAAUUUUUGUGUAUUUUUAAGCCAACAUACAAGGAGUUAGGGCUGGGCAAUAUGGCCUCAAAUCAAUAUCACAAUAUUGGGCUUUAUAUUCAAAAGUAAAACAGACAGAUCGAUUGAUUAAGCCAUGUGACCUUUAGCAUGUCUACUCUUGAUGAUGCCUCCACAUUCUCCUAGCUCACUCUGUCCCUCUUCUUUACUAACACACAAACACACACAGUUCUAGGGCUGGGCGAUAUGGCCUCAAAUCAAUAUAAUAUAUUGAGCAGUUCACCUCGAUAACGAUAAAUGGACGAUUACUACUCCACAAGUUGCUCACCCCCUCCCACAUUAACUUUGUCUACCUCAGCCGCCGCUCCAACUUUUGAACCAUCCUCCAUCUCCUUACCUGUCUUUCCCUCUUUGUUACGGACUGGAUGAGGUGGAGUCACGUCUCUGUCGUAGGACAGCGUCUUACAGGGACAUAAGACCACAGCCUACCUACACACAUUCAAAACCAACUUUUAUCUUUGUAUUUUUUUUACACCGAAUAUAUUAACAUUGGCAAAAUGAUUUCAGUUAUUGUCGUAAAUUUUGGUACUGGUAAAUUUUCGGUUCAUCGCUCAGCCCUACAAAAAGUUAAAAAAUAAAGUUGUGCUAUCAGUAUUUCUCUGAGUGUGAAUUUCUCUGUGUUUUUUUGCUGUUUGUCAGCUUAAACUCUCAGGCUUGAAUUCUUCAUCAUUUAAGAGAGACGCCGGCUAUUUGGCACCACACUUUAUCAACUUCAUGAACGAAUAUUCAGAGCCAAGUCUGACUUUUAGCUGCUUUUAUAAAUUUAAGUUGAAUUUGGGUGGUAAAUGGAUUUGCACUUUUAUAAAGGACCUUUCUAGUCUCAGUCAGACCACUUAAAGUGCUCUUACAUGUCUCUUUACAUUCGCCCAUUCACACCAGAGGACCAUUAUAGCCUGUACAUACACUACUAAAGCCUGUACAUAAUUCUAUUCAGUGACAUUCUCAUGUAUAUAUUUCUCCUUCAUACGGUGUACAAUUGUAAAUAUAUUUAUACUUGCUUAGCACUCCUGAAUGGAUGAUGCAAACUGCAUUUCGUUGCUCUGUACUUGUGACAUGUGCGAUGACAAUAAAGUUGAAUUCUAUUCUAUCAGCAUUGACCCAUCCUAUUCAUACAAACCAAUGUAAUAUAUGAAAUAAUAAUAAAAAAACAAAACUUACUCUAAACUUUCCCGUAAACUUUAAAAAAAAACAUUUAUAAAAAUGAAUUUGGUCAGUGUUCAAAACUACAAAUUCAGACAAUUAAAUGAGAAUAAAGUUAGACUUAAAGACAACAAAUACUGACACAGACUCAGACUUUUUAUUGUCAUUGUAUGAGGAGUGGUGUUUUCCUAAGAAAGUGGAGCAACAAAAAAUAGAAUAAAAUAUGAAAUAAAAUUGUACAGAAUAAAAAUAGAAUAGACUAUGUACAAACUGUGCAACAGUACAGCAUCACAGUACUGAACACUGCAGAUUGUAUUCAUAUUUUAGAAAAAUGAAGAAGUCCAGAAGAGUUCAGGAUUCCUAAUCAGAAUAUCAACACACGAUGUAGUCUGACUAUACGGUGAAGUAGUGAACUGUUUAAAGUAUUCACUUGUCCUUGUAAAGGUUUUUAAUUGUCUCUCUUAUCUUAAACUAACCUGAAUUUGUCACAGUUACCUUUAGCGUCUUAUUAUCACUGGAUGGUUUUGUCCCAUGUGUUUGGCAUCUCCGUCUUGUAGGUGCAGAAAAAGGUAGCUCUGUUGUUGUUGUUGUUGUUAUUGUUGUUGUUUCGGUUGUUCUUAUCGACCUCAAAUAGCUCUGGAAAAAAAAAAAAAAAUCUAUUCCAGCAUCUGGAGAGAUGUGAAAGCUGAUUUUGUCAUCAGAGUGUGUGAGCCCCCCUCCUUCCUCCUCCUCCUCCUCCCUAAACAUCUUUUGAAUUCUUCUGAACAGCUGGGUGAACAUCUGGGUGAGUAGGGUGCCGUUUCCUCUGCUCUGUGAGGAGGAUGAGAGCACCGGCAGCGGCAGGCGCUGGCUGCCGCUCCCCUCUACCCAACCCAGGUCUUCGAUGCUUUCAUCCAGAGUCAUGCAGCGGUCAGCUUCAACUUCGAAACUUCUCAGGUUGAUGCAGUGGGACGGCGGACUAAUUGCUUAAUUGGGAAAACAUGUCCUUUUUGCUCGCCCCCCCUCCACAGCCUCUUAGCUUCUUGUUUACUCUAGCUCUCAGGUACAGAUCUGGCUGUACUUUAGCUUCCCUUAAAAGCUUAUUUAAACAAGUAAUCUGGAUUGUUUUAAUACUUUACGGCUGCCGUCAGAGUCCCUCACUGCUGUUGCGUGAAGGGGAAAGCCCUCUAUCUUAAAGCUAGACUCUAUCUGCUGUCCAUUUAUUUUAUUUUCUCCAUAUUUGGGGGUCUAGAGAAGUCAUGAAUACCAGAAACAGUUUGAAUUGCUUGCACGGGUUGCCUCAGCCAGCAGCCUUAAAGGGGCUUUAAAGGUUACAGCGUAAUCCCUGUUGGCAAAUGUACCCGAUCAAAGUGCGUCCACUAAAAGUGAUUUUUUUUCUUUCCAUUGACAGGCUGGGAUUGGUUUAAAAACUGUCUGACAACAUUGCACAAAGGAUCGCCUCAGAAAUGGGCGAUUUUGUCAAACAAAGCACCUACAUCAAUCUGAAACAGCUGUCUCCCUUUAAAGCCUUCAAACAACUGACAGAAAGUCAUUUUACCUUGCUGCAAUCAGAAGAAUCUGGUCUGCCACUGCCUCCAGCAAUUAGUUUGGUGUGUUAUUGUGUGACUUUGAUUAUUUUUUUUAAGAAAUUUUAUUUUCUGGGGGAUAUUUUUUUUACUUUAUUAGAUAAAAGAGCUUGUGAAAGACAGGAAACAUGGGGAGAAGGACUGGGAACCGGGACUCAAUAUUGGAACCAGUAAAGUAUUGACUGUCACCUCUGUAUAUGAGCGGUAAACCGGUGCUUUAUGAAUGUUAAUUCAGUAAUCAGUAUUGGUGCAUCCACAAGUCUCUUAAAGUGAAAAGUCAACUGUGGCAAUGGUUUUUCUUUUUUCUUUAUUUAUAAAAACAUUGCUUUUUCUGGAGUCAACAAAGAUUGUUCACGUUUGUGGAAAUCGGGGCACGUUUCCCUUCAGAGUUUGGCGCAAGUCAGUGUCGGCGCACUGGUCCAGCACCCUUAAGCAUUUUAGGCCCUGUUGUUGUUUUUUGUUUUUGAACCUAUGGGUAAUAUAGAUCCCAGAAUAUUAUGAAAUAGGGCCAAAUAUCCUAAACAUUGUGCAAGAAAACUCAGAAGUGGGAGCCGUUUUUUUCCACACACAGUUUCAGCAGAUUAAUCCGUCUGGCACCUGUGCUCAUGUGUAAAAUAUAACUUUUCACACUUCCACUCCAGAGACAAAAAUAUACGUGAAUAAAGGAUACUGGGAUGUCAUUCUGGUUGUUUGUAUUGUAAUUUAAUUUUCAUUAAAAUGAAAAGUAAGAUGUGUGUCAUACAGAAGGUCAGGGUUCAAAGUGUCCCUGAGGAAGACCAUUGACAAGAAACAUCUACCUCACUUUUAUGCCAGUCUGCUUUAUAGUCUGUGGAGAAAGUGCGAGAGGAACCCUGUUGCUUUUCCUUAAGUAAAGUACUUAACCCCUCACUCCUUCAGGGGAGGUGUUCAGCACUUAAACAGCGAGAGACUGGUCAAACUGGGCAGCUUUCACUCUGAGCGUGGAAGUGCACAUAUUCUCUUGAAUCUCACCUUGGAAGGUUGACAUUGGUGGUAAAGGUGAAGAUAUCCCUGUCCUUCUCUGACAUGUGAUACGUGUGAUUCCACCGCCAUAUGAGGGCAGCCUCGGACGGCAUGUGCGAGCGCCGCCGCGUUGCGUGUUGAAGGGCUUUAACGCGUAACAAUGGUGUGUGUGCCGCCGAGUGAGGCCAUGUGGCCAUGUGGCCGUGUGGCGGAUUAAAUUAGCAGCAGUUGUUUAUCGUCUGUCCCCCCCGGUCCAUCUGCUCUGCUCGGCCCCGUAGACUCCAGCUCUGCUCUCAGGCACUGCUCCAACCCCCCCCUCCCCAUCCCACCCUCCCCUACCCCUUACAAAUCCCCAUCCCCAUCCCCACGUCACACACACACACACACACACACACACAGUCAAACACACAUACACACACACAGACUCUUGAAUAGUUGCAAUAUCCACCAGCAGCCAGUCAUGACACAAUAUACUCAGUGCAACCUCUUCUGCCAAGAGUGCUCUGGCUUUCCUCUAUGCAGAUUAGCCAUGUGCUAAUUGUGGUUAUUUAUUUAUUUUUUUAUGGGAGAGAGAGAAAAAAAAAGGAGGGGAAGAGUUUCCUCUAGAAAUUGAUUAGAUGACUGAGCAGAAAAAAGGCGGCACUGUGUUGUAACCGUGCACAUUUGAGGUUUGCGUCGCGGUGUGUGAGGAAACUCUCGUGCUCUUCAGGCCUGUUGUUAAAGGAAAAGAAGUGUCGUGAAUAUGUAGGCCGUCAUGUCAAACCCAAGAUUUGGGAAGUUACACCCUUAACUGAUUCUGAUGAAAUCUUAAUACAAAUGCUGAUGACUUUCAUUCUUAGUGUGGCUGGUGCUUUUUGGAGUCCAGUUAGUUUUGCAUACCACAGUGGCUUUGAAGGUCAACUGCACAACAGGAGCAAAAAAAAAAUACAUUUCAUUCACCUCCACAACCAUGAAACUAUGUGCAAAAAAUUUUCACAUAGUGUUAAAAUAUUCUGCUUUGGAACUCAUCCUGAAAUAUAAAACCAUUUUAGUGUUUAUUAGAACAGUUUAAGUGUUGAGUGGAACAUUUUUUUGGCAUUUUAUAAUUUUUGAAUUUCAAAAAAAAAUUUGUAUGUGUAAGAUCUAUUAUUUUCAGGCACUGUAUUUACAUUUCAUGUUAUAUUUUUUGUAUUUUAUGCAGUGGAUUUGUGUUUAACUGAAUAACUAUGCUUGAUAAAAUUUAGCAUUUUUUCCCUUUUGCUACUCAGUGGAAUACUUUUUGAGUUCCAUGAAACAUUUUUUUGGGGAAAAAUUUUUUGCUUGAGUUCCACUAAAUAUUUUUCUAGAAUUUUUAUGUUGAAUGAAUAUUAUUUUUUGCUUAAAAUGAAACAAUUUAGCAUUUUGUGAAUUGUGUAUGCACUUAAGAAAAUAUUUUUGUGCAUAUUAAAGUGUUUUUUUUAUUGUCAUAAAAUGUUUGUGGGGUUGAGUUCCACGGCCACUGUGGUCUACAUGCUGAAUUUUGACAAAAAAAAAUUAGGAAACUAUUCAAAACCACUAUGUGUGAUUAUUUUUUUAAUUGCAACCACAACAUUAAACGUUGUUCUUAAACACAGAGUUAAAGAAAAAGGAACAAACAAAAUGAAAAAACCCCGGCCUUGUCUUGUAUCUAUAUUAAUAUACUGUUGACCUUUGGAAAGACAUAUCAGCCUUUCAGCUGAGACAGUUUUGGAAACAAGUGUGUGGGUUGCUGCAUUUGAUCUGCGUUAAUCAGGGAAGUCCCCGACUUGUCACCCACACACAGUUUAUUUUAAUAAUGUAGACUUGGAAGUUUGCCUGUUUUUUUUAAACAUUUGCGGUGAAAUGUUAUCUGAAUUUCAUGCUCUUGAAAGGAAAUUAAAAAGACAAUGUCAAGAUUUUUCAGCUUACAUGAAAAAUGAUGGCAUGCCAUUUAUAAUUAAAUCUGCUGUACGUGCAACAAAGGAUGAAAUAGACGUUCCUAGUUCAUACGCUACAUAUUUCUGAUCAUACUGUCAAUUCUUUAUUCCUAUUUUUGCAUUUCAACUUUGAAAUGAAGUUUUGCUUUGCAGAGCAGUUUUGAUCCUUUACUUCUACUACUUUGACAGCACUCUGUUCAACCUCAACAGUGGCAAAGAAGCCUGCAUGGUGAAGCAGAGACAAGGGGAAGAGAGUAAAGGUGGAGUGAGUCUGAUAAAGUUUAGAUGUUGACUUUUAAAAAGACAUCAGUUAUUCCUAGCAAUGUUUGAAAUUAUGCUUUAUCUGCAUCACAAGCUACGUGAUGGUCAAUUGAACAUAAAAAAAUCAUACUAUCUUAUUCAUGUCACUAAGCGGUGCAUGCUCUAUAGUGUAGACUCUAAAAGUGAACACUCAGAGGUCCUGUUUGCAGUCCAAAGACUGUUUUUUUUAUGGCAGAAACUUGAUUACAAUUUUAUCAACACUCUUUCACUUUCAUUUUUAUUUUGCAAGUUAUAGGCCCGCACUGAUGAAAGUAAGUCAUUUAAAUGCUAUAUUUAGAAAAUCUAGGUUUGUUUCAACUAGAUUGUUGCAAUUAGUAAGUAUGUACAGUUAGUUAUUUAUUAUGUGUUUUUUUUUUAAACUAAGGAGACUCUGUCUUUGCAGUUACCAUCUUUGCAACAAUGAGUUUUUCUAAACAGGGUGGGACUUUGUCUCUGUUUACCAUCUUUGCAGUACACCUGACCUUGUGUGUGUGUGUAAUGGGACAAUGCAGACUCCCGUGUCUGCAGCUGCAAUACCAGUGAGUCAACUGCUUCUCGCGAAGUUCAAACAUUUGAGAUGUAGGUGGAGUGUUUUCGUUCUUAGCAUAUGCAGCUUGAUGAUCCAGUGGGUUCACUUGUGCCGUUUAUUCAGCCCGUGGUCUGCAUCGCUCUCUGUGUAUUAAAUGAAAUCCAUGUAAGUUCAAGAGAUCGUGGACAUCUUUCAUGAUCUAUUAUCAUGCUAUUGCUCACCCCAACCUAUUAGUAUCACUAAAAGAGAACUGUUGGCUCUUUUUUGUCCACACAAGUUAGUUAAUAAAUCCGACUGGUGAAUUUACCUGGUUCAGGGUCUUGAACGAAAGGUGAGCUGUCGCUGAUGUUUAAAAGAAAUCAUUUAAAAAGUUCCCUUUUCUCCUUUUUUUUCACCUCACUAUCAAACUUUAAUAUUUUACCAAAACAAAAUAUCCACAAACAUCCCCUUCUUGUCAUUCAAAAUGAUCCUCUCAGUUGUGAACCUUUAAUUUUCAAACUACCACUACUUUUAUUUAUAGUUGUAUUGGUUUUUCUUUAAACUCAUUCAUAAGAAAAUCAGUUCAGGAGCUCAAGGCCUUUAUUCAGCAGCGGAGCUUUAGCCUUGGUGUCGCCCUCUAAAAGAACCACUCUUUUUACAACCAAGAAAAAGAGGAACACAUCCUCGUUCGGCAGUUCCUGGCCUUCACAGACAAACUCUCUCUCACACGCGCACACACACACACAGACACACACUCACACUCACUAAGGCCUCAGCCAAAGCUCCCUGGGAACUUGUUGGAUGUGUAAUAGAGUGUCAGAUGUGGACAACUUAAGCAAUGCGAGGAAAAGUGCUGGUAAACAGAUCAAUGAAGGCCAGAGCAGCGGCGUAGACGGUUCCAGUGUGUAGUGAACAGAUGUGUUAACAUGAUCAAAUGAGGUAGUGGAGUAAAAAUGAAGACAUCUGGAGCAGGUUUAACAAACUGGAUUCCCCAGAUUUUCACUUGGCAGCAGCCUGCAUACUUUUAAGGCCGCUGUGACAUGUUUUGAAUGUUAUUACAUAAUAUUGAUUAUGUUUUUGGCAGGAAUUACGCCAGUUUGUUCUGCACAUAUUGGCGUUUUAUUGAAUUUCUGGAUUCACUCCGCUGUAAUGUUGUAGGGAUUUUAGUAAAUUGAGUGAUGAAGCUUACAAACAAACAGAAGCAGCAGUGUACACACCUGAAAGGAUCUUUUUUUAUUUAGAAGGACUGUUUACCCAAGACUGGUGAAAGACUGUUUUUAAACUGAAAGGAUGAGAGCGAAAAAAAACACACAUCUUUUUAAAAAAAAAUUCAAUUAAUCUGUUGAAUUUUUCCUUUUAAUAUUGCAAAACCAACAUUGAUGCUUUCCAAUUGCUGUUUUCCACCAACCAAGAGUUCAGAACCCAAAGAUAUUCAGCCACUAAUGGCACUAAAUGUAUAAAAUAAAGGAAAACACAACAUCCUUACUCAGGAAGCAAAAAUAGGUUGUUAAAUGUGUAAAAAACAAACACAUAACCAGACAUAUUUGUAUUUUUGUGAUGAAUUCUUAUGAUUGUUUUAUGUUUUAAAGUAGUUGAAUUGUAUGAUUUUCUUCAAGGUUUGAAACAAGAAUCAUUAAAAACAGCUUUGAUAUGUUGAUAUUACAUUUUUGGAAUUCUACAAUUAUUUAAAGUGAAAAUAAGCUGCAAACUUUUUUUUCCCUGUAAGCAAGUUAAUAAAAAAUAUUUCUGUAAGGGUCAUGAUCACUUUACACAUUUUAAAUUUGGGAUGUCUUGAAACGAUUUCUGUUCAAGCUUCUUAAGUUUGAUGAAAGUGAAAUUAAACUUUUCUAAAUUCAGAAAUCAGUCAAACUUUAACAUAAUUUACAACAAUCACAAAAAAAGGUACGACACUUUUUUGUAAAACAUCAAAAAAAGAUUUUGUUGAUUUGAAAAUUAUGUAAACCUAAAAUUUAUUUAAAAAUGAAACUGAAAAAUUUUGUUUUUCAGAGGUUAUUUAAGAUUUAAUGCAAGCAAUGUGUUUUUAAAAAGUUGAUAAAGAGAAGACAAAACACUGAAAAAGUUGCGUUAAUUUCAAAAAACGUCAUUCAACUAAUUCAGCUAAUUUCUCAGUUGUUCUCGGUUGUUUAAAUAGUAGGACAUAAAAAAAGAGCAUCCAGAGGGAAGUGGACAUGGGAGGAGGUUGUCUGAGUAAAUAGUUCAACUAUUUCAUAAUAAUCUACUUAGUUGUAAAAUUACAAAGAAUUUGGGAGGCUCAUGGUCUGUGCUGCGUGGCGCCAUUAAAAGAAUUUGGAGGAAUUGCAAAACAGAGAAGGCGGAUGACUGUGAUCUUCAGGCCCUAUGUCAAAAUCAGAAAUCAGGCUCUGUCGUGGAAAUCACUGUAUGAGCUUAAAAAUACUCCAAAAACCUCUGUUUGUGGACACAGUUAGUCACAGCAUCAACAAAUGAACCUACAACAACAAGUUUGUUACUCAUGAGUGAAUCUUGUGCAAACUAGGGAGGGUGAUGAAAAUUAAGAAUUGACGUUAAACUAAACAAAAACGUCACGACUUGAUCACACUAACCUGUUUGUCUCAGCUAACAGGCUUGGAGUCAAUCCACAGAUAAUUCCAGAUUACUCGCUAACUGUUCAGUCAUUAAUGACAGCUCUGAUGAUAUACAGGUAAAACAUGGGAGUCAUGGUCUAAGCUUUUGGUUGUGGUGCUGAAAUUGAAAGUACAGAGAAAAGUAGCAAAAGUGAGUCAGGUACAGCGUUACUUUCAGGUGAACAUGUCGUAGACCAUUAACUCCCUAAAAUACCUUUAAGUGUCUGUUAAUGAGUCACAGGAGAAACUGAGAAUGAUCAAUGUCGUAGGGACAUCAGCUCUGACUCUCCACAUUGCUCUGAUAGCUAAAAAAAAAAACCCAGAAUGUAGUCCAGCUGUACUCCCUUUCCCCGCUGAGCUGGGGCGCGAGCUGUCAGACUUCUUAAUGGAAAAGCGGGUGUAGAAAUAUUCUCACCGCGAGCGAAAUAUCGACUGAAAUUGGCGAGGAAAAAAAGGUUGAUUGUUUUAUGGCCCUGGCCAUCGCUGGGAGAUUUUGUCUAAAUGAGAAAUAGAUUUUACCUUUAGUGAUGCUGCGCUGUAGUUUGUUAGCAUGCUAGUCAUUUUUCAUGUGGAUAGGAGGACGUUAGCGGGUGAUUCAGGCCUCAGUGGCACACUUUACAGAUAACACAGGAGGCUCCGUCUAACUGCUAAAGCAGCUCAUUAGGAAAGAGAUAUUGCAUUUUCUGCCCGUUGGUAGAAGUAGCUGCAGAGAGAAGAUGUUAAGUUUAUUUUUGCUAUAACUGGACAUACCUGGAGUCUUUUUUUAGUUGUGUUUAAUUGAAGCAAUGUGCGUUAUAGGAACUCCCAUCAUGGCAUGUUGUCAGGUGUGUAUUUGCAUGCGUACAGGGAGGUGAUAUUUGGGCAUUUCGUGGGGUCCUUCUUUGCAGACUGGGGUUAAAAGUGCAUUAGAGGUCAUGAGAGAUGGCCCACCGGGGCCUGUUACCUCUCCGCUCCCCCCCACGGUGCCGUUGGUAAUGACCCUGGGGAGCAUAGUAACACCCCCCCCUCUUUCCUCCACACACAUAUACAACAUAACACACUCCUGAACCUGAAGGAGCACAGGAGAGUGUGGCUUGGGGGAGGUUGGAGAGAAAACCUGGAGUGGAGUGUGUUAUCUUGCAUAAUGUUGGUUGACCGCCUCAACAGCCUGUUGAUCCCCUCUACUCUUUCCCACCGCCUCCAACACCUACAUGAUCACACACACACAUAUAUAUAUUUUUACACACACGCACAAACACACCAGUCCCCCUGCUGAGCACCCCCCCUCACCCACCCAUCUGACCUCCUCUUUCUCAUUGCAGGACUGUCAUUCAUAGAGUGCCAAAGCCUGCUGCUUUAUUAAAGCCCAGGAAGAGCAAGGCCUGGCCCAGGUUCAAACAGCAGUGCAGCUGGGACCUGUUACAUUUUCGGCAGACUGCCCUCUCCGUCUCGCUUGCUAUAAAUAGCCCCUGUGGUUGUCUCCCUUAACCAAGGAAAAGAGGUUUUUUAAGGGGGGGGUGGGAGGAGGAAAAACACACACAGAUUAAUAACCGUGGGAAGCAAUGAAAGCUUUGUGUCUGCUGCCCGAGGUCAGCAGGCCAGGAGGUGUUGCUACUUCAAAGCCCCCAUUGUGGCUUGUACUUUCUGACGCUGCUGCAGUGGGUUUGAUGGAAGCACAAAAGGGGCUGCCAGCGGUGUGAUGAGUAGAUGGCACGGGAUUGUGCCAACCAGCCAGAUACCCACACAGGCCCUGAUUUUUUUGCCUUUGUUUUUUUUAACAAUUUCAAGAAAUAUCAACUUUUUAACAAUACAACGUCUCUUCUUAUUAAUGAAACAGUCAUUGUUUCCAAGAAGGAGUCUGGUUUGGUUUGGAUGGUACGCAGUUUUUUUGCAUUUUCAUGAUUGGAAGUUUGGAAAAGGGCCAAAAAAAAACAAAGUGUAGCUGCUUCCCACUGUCCUGGCACCUCACUGUUGGGGUGAGAUUAUAAUUGGUUAUAUCUCUUCUUACCUGAGUGUAUUUCAUCAGUAAAUUCAUGCAUCCUCAACAUUAGGAACAUUUUAGUCCAUAUCAGGAAUUGCUUCCAGCGUGAUAAACUGAUAGGGUUUUAUAAAGACAUACUUAAUUCACACAGAAAGGAAAAGCGGCACAGAGAUUUUAACUCCUUUGGUUCCUCUAUCUCUUCGGUCUUAGCUAGUAGAAGACUUGCACAUGCUAAUAAGUAAGGAGUCAUGUUCGGUAUAAUGUCAAGAAAGAAAGGUGUUAUGAAACAUUCGUCCAGUCUACUUUUUACAGGUCUGAUAGGACUACAUUUGACAAGGAUGGGAUGAUUGCAUAACUAUCCAAAGUUGCUUUCCAGUGCUUAUUUAUUUGUUUGUGCAGGCAAGAUGUUCAUGUAUUUCGCACCCUGCCCUGGGCUGGGCUUAGUAUAUAUUUCUGCUUUUUCCCCCUUGCCAAUCCUAUUCCUGAUUUAUCUGUUUAUUUUCUCUUCUGAUCAGGGCAUAGCUUAUAUUGAAAACCUGUAGAAUUUGCAAUUAAAAUGAUACUUAAUGCAACAGAAACUGCCUUCAGAAUAAAUUGCUCAUACUUGCUUUAAUCAUGUUUUUGUUGCACUGGAGUUUGUUUUGGGGGGAUUCCAGCGAUCUCAUCUCUUAUGUACACACAUCAUCAGACACUUUAUGACCUUGGCCCCAGCUGUUGACAGGCAGGGUUACCUCAUUUCAAGCUCCCCCCUACCCCCUCCUCCUCUUUCACUGUUCCCUGCCUGGCCCUGUGUCCAGAAAGGCAGUCUGCCAGAGUAACACUGUCUGCCUAGGCCAUGUGGAUCUCCCAGAGUCCAAGCCAAGCCAAGCCAAGGUCAGCCCCUCCAAACACCAGCCCCCGGCCUCCUCUCUGACGUCGCUCCAGCUGAGGGGUGGGCCCCGCUCCAGCCCCCUCAGACACUUCCUUAAGCUUAUUUUCAUAGAAACCCUCCCUGACGUCUCUGCCGUAACAGUAUCCACCCACUGGCACAAUGAUCUCCUGGGCAGGGAAAUGCUCCUGGCGGAUGUAGUGGGCUCAUUCAUUCAUUCAUGGCCAAUUUUUUCCUUUUCUAGUGGGAAAGUAAAUCCACUACUGUGUUUUUUCCCUCCCCCUUCUGCUUUUUUUGUUCUAUAUUUGCUUGAUUAUACUGUGGCUGGUUUAUAAAAUGAUGCUUGCACGAUGCACUCAAACAGUGGAGUCAUUAUUUGUCUUGGUUGCUGAGUAAUGCUUUUUCAAGAAAAGCCACUAAAAAGCUACCAAAAUAACCGUGGCUAUAUUUGAACCAGGAGCUUUUCCUGUCACAUCACUGGAUUCUGAACAAUGUCCCAUCAGUUGCAUCAUUAUAGAGCUUGUUAUAGCCUGUUUGGGUGUAUAACUGCACUGUCUGAAAGGGACACACCAUAACCAUCGAAUCUAAACCACGACUGAAUGACAGACAAUUAUCUCUCAGCUCAUCGAGUCCCAAUUUCAGCUCAUUAAAACUUUGCGAUUCUCUUUGAACGUCCUCCAGCCUCCAAGCCCGAUGGACCAGGUGGGGAAGAUGCGCGGCCAGCCAUAUGGAGGACCCAACCCCUACUCUCAGCAGCAGCAGCAAGGGCCUCCCACAGGGCCCGGACCCCAACAGGGAGGCUCCUACCCAGGUCAGGGCUAUGGACCUCCAGGUCCUCAGAGGUAUCCUAUGGGGAUGCAGAGUAGGACACCUGGUACCAUGAGUGGCGUGCAGUACGGACAGCAGGUCAGUGGUUACUCAUUUCGGUUAUUCUCUCUGAACGCCUCUUCAAAGCUAAAGUUUCAGAACUUAGGCUUUUAGAUUCUUUAUUAAAAACAAAAAAAAAAAACAAUCUUAAAAGUACCGAGCUGUUGUCUGAAAUGAAAACAAAAAGAAAUCUGAACGAAUGAUGAAUGAAGGCUCCUCCUUUACUGAAGAAGUCUGCAGGCUUUUCUUUUGGAUUUUUAUUGCAGUCAAAGAUCAACUGGAUUAUGCAGAAACCAUCAAGUGCACAUACUUUAUGAUUUAUGACCCAAGACUUUUUUUGAUGACAGAUAUUAAUUAAAUGACUUCAGAAGCUGAGUCUUGAUUGUCAAAUUGUCUUUGCUUUUCUCAAAAAAACACCAAAAAGAAAGUUCAACGUGUCGUCUUUUCUUUUCCUCUUCCUUUUCUAAGAUUAAAUCAUUUUUUUGGACUCAUAGGUUCAUGCCAGCAUAAAAAAGCACAACAUAUAGAAAAUAUAAUUACAACACGGGAGAACAAAAAAACUACAGGUAACAAGAGACCAAAAAAUCCAGAGUUUCAUCGUUUCAUGUGGGCUGAAUAAACUCAAGAUAACUUCAACUUAUUUACAUUCAUGGUUUGAGAAAUACUCGACCAGAUGUGGAGCACAGUUGAGUAUAAGAAGCUCUGUUUUGACAUAGUUAUGGUUGAAAGUAGUUUAUUUGUAAUCGUCCCCUCACAAAUGGAGCACGUUCAAAGUGCAGCAUGUGACUGGGGUUAUGUCUGGGUUCAGAGAUAAGUUGGACGAGUUUCAAAAGAUUGUGUCAUGUUCAAAAAGUCAGCGUCAACCCAAUCUGAACAAUCAUCCAUGUGAGUUUUGAAAUCGCCAAACGUGAAGUCACUGUCUGGCUACUGAGAGUCUUUACAUGAUGUAUGACUGUUGUGCAUUGGGGCAGCAGCGCCAUUCUUUGUCGAUGAGGAAUAUUGUCAAAUAUUGACAGGGGGACACUUUGUUAUCCAUAAACCUCAGCCUGUGGUGCUGAGGGUGAGCUGGGAGAAUGGUGGGCUGAGGCCUGCAUCACUAGACCCUGUCUAGAAAUGUUAGUUAUAAAGUCCAAAAGGAGAAAUACCAGUGAGUGAUCAAAGAAGUUAGACCUUCUUUUUAGGGGGUCAUUAACAGGGAAAUUUUGAGUGUUUCUCUCUGGUGCUUGGUCAUAGCACAGGGCAUGGUUUGAAGCCUGGACCACAAGUUAAUGAGUUUUUCACAUUCCUGUUAGUUGAGCCAGUCGAGCGUUUAUUUGAGCCGUGACUCAACGUUACAGGAAUGGUGGAAGUGCCAGCAUACAGUAGACUCAAUUAAUGGCCAGACUUUUAUAAUAGUUCAAAUCAGUUAUUGUUGCAUUUUGCAGAAAAAUCGCCCCAGAUAUGGCCUUCAAUCAAACCAGAAAUGUUGUUUUACUUCAGAUUUAAUACACAAGAUAAUAUUUAAGGCAGGUGUACUACCUUUUUCUUUUUUCUAGUGCGCUCAGUCUUUGAGGUAAGCUAAGUGACAGCUUGAUCUAGCUUCAUCUUCAGCAGACAGAUAAAUCAGAGGUCUUCAUUAUUACAUUUUCACAAGACAAAAGAAGCUUACCUCCAAAUGCUGAACCCCUGCCUUGGUGAGAGACAGGACAGCGCGAUAGAUGACAUUAUAUUUCUUCAGCUUUAGCAGCAAAGGAUCUCUGUAAUGGGCUGGAAUAUGUUAAAAGUGCUGGAUAAAAAUCUGAUGCUUUUUACUGUCCAGGUUUUAAAUAUGGUGGAUUUACAUGGGAAAGAAUCUCCACAGUCAAACCAAAAAAGGUCCAGAGUUGCAGUUGACUGACAUAGAUAUCAGUUCAAUGGCCAAUACAGAAAACUACAGAGCAGGUUAAACAAUAACAGAUAUAUAAUCCCAAUUUUAACCAUCUUUGUAUUUUUUUACCUUUAAUAAAACACAACAAUUCAAAAAUAAUAAUAAUACAAAAAAAUUAGAAAUAAAAUGAUUGAACUUGUUGCCAUAAGCGAAUUUACGUGCAGCUAUCUGUAUCUGAUGGGAAAAAAUGAAAAAAACAACAGGGCAAAUAUUUGAAAAAAAAAAAAAAAUGCUUUAAUAGAAAAAAAAACCAGAUGGUGUAAUAGAUAUUAACUGAUUGAUAAUUUAACAUUAUAACAGAAUUUAUAUUAAGCACUAGUAGCUAAGUAUUCUAGACUUGAUAUUCUAUCAUUUAGGGUUGGAAAAAUGUGUUAUUUUACAGGAAACACGGUGGUAACUUCGUAAAUUUUUGGCACAGGGCACAAAACUAACUCUUAGACCAUCAUCACAGCAGCCACCUGGCAUCUUAAAGUGAGCCUCAUGAGUGUAAAUAUUAGCCAAUGCUGGUUAUUACAAAGAGUCCUAAAUUGGCUAAAUUGAUUGACCUCACCAUCACCGCAUUGAUCGGUCUACCUCUAGUCUAGAGUUAAUACAUGUGAACUCUGCUUGGGAGGACAACCUUUCGACUCUUCAUGCUUCAUUUCUAUUACCCGCUGAAGAAGGUAGCGUGUUCAGUGCGGGUGGGCACCACUCUCUGGCUGAGAAAGUGCAAAGAGCCAGGUAGCCUUAAGUACUCAUGCAUAAGUAGGAAGGAGACCUUCUUCAACCCCUCAGCCAGGCAGUUUGAAAUGCAUGCUGGGAAUCCCACAGAGUCAAGUUUUUUCUUCCACGUCCGCUGUCUGUGGUCUUGUGUGCCUAUUGUGUGCUGUGAUUAUCUCAUUCUGGCCCGCCUGGUGUCUGACCGUGGACUCAAUAAGUGCCCUGCAGAGAGAAAACAGCUCCUCUCCUUUUGUCAAAAGUACUCGCCACAAUACAACCACUUCACGUUGUUUUAAAUGUCCCUACUAUCUCUUGUUUUCUUUGAAAUCCGGCGUAACUGAGAACCUCCCAGAACAACACGUGGCUUUUUUUUCCCCUUCCCUCUUCUCUUUUUAUUACUGUUUCCUCACAAGGUCAGGGUUUUCUCCUUCUAUGCUCCUUGAGGGUAAUGAAACACACACUGUAUUGAAAGGCUUUCCGAGCGCAGUAUCGGGUAGAAUAUGAAAAGCCUCAUAUUGAAGUUCAAGGAGAUGAAGUCAAAACUCAAUUUUUAUUUUCAUGGCUGUAAUUUAAAGUGAUGCGCUGCCGAAUUUUUUGCACUUAGAUGCUUUUUCUCAUGCGCUUCUUUCACUGAUCAGUUUAUAGCGAGGAGCACACUCCUGUCUCUCUUACACACACAGAACAGUUGUCUUUCCUUUUUGAUUAAAAUGAAGAGAGACUCUGAUCACUCUGCUAAGAACUAACAGAAAAAAAAAAUUCAAAGGGGUGACUUAUUCGGGUAUUAUUUAUAUAUUUUACACGAUCAGAAAGGAAGCUGUCAGCGCAAAGACUGUGUUCAGACAGUGAUUGAUAUUCCAUAGAGGAGCCCAGGAUAGUAAACCUGUAGUAAAAUCAGCUGAAGAAAGCUCAAAGUGUCCAUGUGCAGUUCACCUGUACUCGACUUCAUUCAUUGUUGAUUCUUCUUAGAACUGGACAAUGUGACAGACAAUCAUACCACAAUAAUAUUCUCUAUAUCACUAUAGUAGAUAUUUAUCAGCACAUCAGGUUGAAUAACGCUGUCAGUUUUAUGAGUUUCAUGAUGAAAGAAAUCGAGACAUUCUCAUGUACAGGGUAUCUGCAGGGUCUUAAAAAGUCUUUAAACGUCUACAAUCCAAUAAUUUGAAUUUAAGGCCUAGAAAUGUCUAAAAUUGUCUUAAAAUCUCAUAAAAUGUUUACGAUUUUAAAAGAUGAACUCUACAAACGAUAAAUAAUAUGCCACGGGAAUAAAAAUUGAUUUGAAGUAAUGUAAGAGGUUACAAUUUCCCCUCAUGUCUUUUGUACUUUUUUGCCAAUAUGGAUGAUAAAUGGGUUUUACAUUGUCCCACUGAGCAAUAGGCGCUAUUAGAUGUCUAUAAUUUUUUAUUUUUAGACCUAAUUUCAACCGUCUAGAUUCUGUAUAUUUUUAGAUGGAAUUUAGACGUUGCACUUUAACCCAUUAUUCAAUAACUAUUUAUUUCAAAAAGCAACUGUGAGUUGAUAACUGAUCUCCAAGUACUUAACCAAAACAAUUAUGAUAGCCGUUGAGCAAUAUACAGUGUAGUAUAGAUAUAGCCCAGAUUUAGACUUGGUCUAAAUUAAGACGUUUUAAAAACUUUCAUUUUCAGACCUGUGGUAGCCUGAUUUUAGACCAGUAAUCUAGGCUCCAUUUAGACGUCCAUUAGACCUCUUUUAGACCAAAAAUGCUCAGUAGAGUGUUUAUUACAGACGUUAAAAAAUCUUAAAAAGUCUUAAUUUUGACUUGUUAAAAUCUGCAGAGCCCCUGCAUGUAGUUCAUAUGUGUUCUUCUGCAGAUAUAAUUUACUGUGACCCAAGCUGCCAUUAACAGUUGAGUUCCUCAUUUAAAAGGUUUCCGCUCAGAAACAAAUUAUCUCCAGAGCCCCUCCUCUCUCUGAGACAAACUGACCUGUAAAAACAGGGAGGAAGUUUUUAGCACCAAAGCAAGUGUCAAACUGUAUUCUUCAUUUGAGUCUCUCUCACAGUUGUUCAGGGUUGGCUUGUUGAGUUGAUGCUAAAGCCUGGUUUCCACUUCUGCACUGAAGCUACGCUAUAGGUUUACACAGCCCUGUAUCUAUACGGAGGCCAGCAUACAUAGCCUGACAUGCACCUCUUCACAAAAGGCACUCUAGGUCAAACAAAGCAGACCACAAACUCUGUGGAUGGUCUGCUGGGCAGCGUUGCAUUUGCUGCAUUUACAAUGUUUCCAUCAUCGCUGGUUAUGUUGUUUGUUGGCUAUAAACUUCAUCUCCUCAAACACUAAAAAAAUUGAUCUGGAUAUAUUUAAGAGUUGAUAAAGUCCACACAAUCUGAGACGGUCACAUUAAGAGAGCAGUCUGUAAAGGAUUUUUAAAGCCUGAUGUACAAGCUUGAAAAACUACAGUGUGAUCGCUCACAUUUCUGCUGUAUGUGGACUGUUAAAGAUGUCCAUAUCAACUGAAAAGGGCGCAGAUUUAUUGAUGGAGAUGAAUUUUGAAUUGCAUUUCAUCUCAAUAUUCUUUUAUUGCUGUGCUCCAGCUCUUCUCCUCUUAUCGGUGGACAAUUGCUGAUUCUGACCAGUCUCUCUAUCGUCUUAUCCUCUAGAUGUCUGCAUAUGGACAACAGGGGCCUGGAGGCUAUGGCCAGCAGAGCCAAGGCUAUUAUGGUCAGCAUGGCCCUCCCCCUCACACGGGCCAGCAGCAGCCUCCAUACCCUGGCCAACCCCAGGGCAGCUCUGGAACCCCUUACCCCCAACAGGGCCACCCUUCACAGACAGCAGGCCAACACGGGCAGUCAGGACCUCCAUACCAACAAUCCCAAGGCCCCCACGGCCCUGCUGCAGGUCAGUCUCCCUACAGCCAACCCCCACAGUCUCAGCCAGGACAGCCGCCCUAUGUCCCACCCCAGCAGCAGCAACCUCAACAGCAGCAGGGACCAGGUCCUCAAAGUCAGCAGGGCUCACAGGGCCAGCCUGGCUACCCACAACCUCCAGGACCAGGGCAGCCGCCGCCGCAGCAAACUCCGCAGCAGCAGCAGCCGCAGCCGCAGCAGCCGCAAGGACCCCCACAACCACAGCAGCAACAGCAACAGCCAGGAGGGCCCCCUCCUCAGGCCCAGCAACCUCCAGGCCAUGGCCAGCAGGGUCAACCAUCACCUUAUUCCCAAACACCCCCACUGCAGCAGCAGCAACAACAACAACAACAACAACAACAACAACAGCAACAACAGCAACAACAACAGCAACAACAACAGCAGCAGCAGCAGCAGCAACAACAGCAGCAGCAGCAGCAGCAACAACAACAACAACAACAACAACAACAAACGCAGCAACAACAACAACAACAACAGUCACCAUAUCAGAGGUUCCCACCUCCUCCACAGGUAAUAUCAACACACAGGACUGAGUACACACAACUCAGUACGGAUCAUGGUACCCUUUUAUUUUGUAUAUCACCCUGUUGAGGGUGUGGUGAUGAAAAGUCAAAUAAAAAUCACUGCAGACAUCGAAUUAGCCCGAGAGAGGCUUGACAAUCUGUGAUCGCACAUCAGUGUCUUCCUCUGUAUUUACAUGUGUGCAAAUCCACCGUAUCAUCUCUCUCUUGUUUCCAUCAUCAGGAAUUGUCCCAGGAUUCCUUCAGCUCCCAGUCCAGCGCUCCCCCUUCCAACCAGCCCAUGGCUUCCAACAAGAGCAGUCAGGAAGACAGCAUGCAGGGCCGGCCAUCCAGUCUGCCGGUAAGCCUCCAGUUCCUUCUCUUGACAUACAGCUUUGGCUUGUUGUAUUCAUUGUUUGACCCUCCAGCAUUUCAAAAUUGGACAGAUUCAAAGCCACAAAUGUCAGAUUUUUGUAAGACAAAGAAAAUCUAGUUGUGUGUAAGCUUGCUGUCCAGCUGAUUCGGCCACAAAAGGCAAUGAGUCAAGUUCUGCGUACAAAGGUUUUCUAUUGAAAGCAGUUGACGGAAAUAAGUUUAUGUCCUCUUUAAGACAUGCAUGCCAAAUUUUUGUUAAAUAGCUCAGUAUUGAAGCACUUUUAAUCAAUCACUUUAAACAUAGUUACUUGUUCUAAUGCUGGUCAAUUGGAAGUCUUUGGGGGGGCUCUUAUUUCGUAUCUAAACUGGAUUCAGAAAAACUUAACCUUCCCUGGUCUGUAUGUAACUUUAUGAGUUUUCUGAGUUGUAUCUACAGUGUAUAUUGCAUCGCUGCAGGAGUAAGGUCAACAUUCAGAACUUUGGACUGCUGACUGCUGGAUUCUCAGCUUUGUUCACAGCUUUCUGUUGACAAGCCUGUAAAAUUACUGAGUAACUGAGAGGCCAGACAGAUGUCUGCAUACAGAGAGGGAAAAAAAACAUCUCGACCUAAUAGGAACCCUGGUUGGCAUGAUGCAAUGUUCUUAACCCAGUAUCUGAAUGUCAAUGGCAGUAUUGAUUGACAUUUGGAUUGAAUUAAUCCUUUAAUUUGAGCCAAACUGAUUGGAAAUUUAGAUGACCACCAACUCUGUUGUGCUGGCAAUCAUGGCUGGUUUUUAAGGUGGAGUCAUGAUUUAGCGAAUCCAUGUGGAUUGUGGGUUGAAAUGAUUUCGCAAAGGUAACAGAAAACUGUUUUCUUAUACAAAUAAAUUAAAAAGUUCACAAUAGUACAAUCACUUUUUUUUAGAAUGAUGAUCUGUGUUUUAUCACCAUUUUUCGUGGUCAUUUUCAAAGCAAUUUUUCAGGUUCCUGAUUGCUGACCAACCGAAAAAAAAAAAACAAUACACUAUAUAAGCUAAAAUGCCUGUAAUUUAAAUAUCAGUGUGUAAUUUGUUUAAUUUGAAGUGAGUAUAGCCAUUGAGAAGACUUCACGUACAUCCAAUCUCAGAAAAAUGUUCAUUGGAUUAAAAAAGUAAACAACACGUCUUGCUAAAGAAGAGCUAGCUUGACUGGUCAUUAAAUUCAUCCACUUCGCUCUGAGGUAGUUCUAAGUUUGUAGCUCUACCUCUUCUACCAACUUCUUUAUAGCUUAUGUCUUCUUCUGCCUGCACACAUUUAACUUUCCAGCAAGGCAAUAUCAUUCACAUGAAAGUAGAAGGUAGAGUAACUACUGAUACGAAUAAUCAACUAAUCAAAGCUAAACUUCAACAUAAAACAGUCAAGUACCCAUACGGGCUAAAUCUGCUGUGGUGGUUAUUUCCCUGUUUCUAUCACCGUUUUAUUCAGCAUGAUUUCUGCUUGACAAGUGUCGGCAUUUAAACACAACUUGACUAAAUUUAAAAUGAUUCAAUCUUAAAGAUAUACAGAAUGAUAAACAAGAGUUGGAGAGCAUGUCAGUGGGACUCGGUAUUUGCGUUUGCCAUCUUUGCAGUGCACUGCAUAGGUGCCACUCAUCGCAUAACACUUGUGGUUUUAUGCAUCAUGAAAAAUGUCCAUGAACAACUGUAAAACUGAUGAAAACAUGACCCGUUUCUCGCUUAGGAUCUGUAAAUUUUGGACUUGUCCUUAUCUUUCACAUUUCGAAAUCUUCCUUUUGCACAUCACUCUCCAUACAGCCCGCUGAUGACAGUCAAGCUGUACUUGUAGAUGUAGCGAGAUUUAAAAUUUGCACCUGCCAUCUUUCGAAUUACCGCUUCAAAAUACCACAAGCUAACCACAAAAAAACUGAUGCCAAGAGUGGGUUCACUGAACUCAAGCAGUGCAGGCUUCUACAAAUGUUUGAGAGAAAAAAAUCUGAGAGGGCAGAAAACCAUCUCUGCCAGAAAGGGGAUUGUUGAAAGUGAAGCAAAUCUGGCUUCUGAUAGCCCUCUGGCUAAGAUAAAGGUGAGAGAACCCCCCCACCCCCCCUUUCCUGUUAAAGAGGUGUCUCUCUGUAACACGUUGCAGUUUCCAUGGCACUGUUUAUAGGUCAGACUGUGGAGCUAACCUCAUUCUGGGCCUCAGGGAAGGAGAGUGAGAAAUGAGAUCAUUAAUGAGAGAGAAUGAAAGUGAGAGAGCGAAGUCAGUGGCGAAGGGAGGGAGAGAGGGUUCGGGAGGGGGAUUGUGGGAUUGAGGGAGCACAAGCAAAUAACUUCAAAUAGUGUGAGUGAUUGGUUGGAGUGGGAGACGCUGAGAAGGAGAGAGGGAAGGAUGAGAGGCAUUGCUGUCUGUGCCAGUAGGGGAUGCCCUCAGGAUGUGUUUCCCUCUUCUUUUAUUUAUUUCUCUUAUUUAUUUAUACACCUCUCUGCGGGCUCCACCAUUGGCCGAGCAGGACAGGCUGGGCUAUUUUUAUUUAUUUCCCUCCAACUUCUUGGGGAUUCCCUAUCGGUGCUUUGUGAUUGGCUGUGAGAGGCGAUAAUCUCACUGAGGUAGAGAUAAACUUUCUCCAUAUCCUUUCCCUCUCAUCUUUUUGCACACCUAUGCACCAGACCAUGUGCUGAUCAGACCAUGCUGGAUGACAGUGACUCUGACAAUUUAAAAAAACAGCUGACUCGACUCCAUCAAGUAUUACGAGUAGAUAUGCACCAGCGUUAUCCGCCGCACCAGGAAAUGACAGGACAUUUUUCGCCAAACUCCCAAUGAAUAAAAAGUUUGUUUUUCACAACCAAAUUGCACGGAGAUGUUCUUGGACAAUCCCUUGGCGUGACUCGUCCAGACAUAUGUGAACACAAAAAUCACACUCUGUAGCAAAACAAACAAGUAAGACAAGAUCGCCAAGAAGGGGUAGUCAUGACGUGCCUCCAACCCAACCCUGGAGAUAUUCAUUUGCAGUGGUGAUUCGAUCAACCCAGUAAAACCCAAAUAAUACAAACAGUCACACAGCGACCAGGCGAUUGUUGAUGGGCUAACAAAUCUGGCCGUUUCCAUCCACUCAUCGUCAGCAGAGAAAGUGGUUAUAGAUAUACCAAUACCAUUGGACUCAACAGCAUCUUCUGGUUCAACAACUGAAUUCAGAGAAUUUGGUUCAGCUCUUCCAAUCAGGAGGAUUUGUCCGUCUCAUCACCGAACUCUUCACUUUUACCAGGCUGGCCUUGUACCUUUUCAUUACUGCCUAGCAUAGUGGUUAAAACCUCUCAUCUCUAUGUGCUGACUCGAAUAUGCUCAUUCAGUGAUUUUGACUUCCCACUUCUUCAAGUCAUUUUGUUGUGAACUGGCGAACAUUAGUCUGUGUUUCAAAGUGUCUCGAUAUUUGUUGUAAAUAGUAACCCCGUUAUUUGGAGACUAUUGGCCAAAUUUAUCCCCUGCAAAAAUGCCUUUCAAUUUUUAUUGUUAAAGUAACUAGUGAGUAUAUUCCGACAUGACCUUUUAGGAUGCAUUCGCAAUUCCGCAAAUUAACGGCUGUUGUAACCAUGGCAACUGCUAAGACAUUUAGCAGAAACUUGCCAUAUGACGGGGUCACUCCAAAACUAAAAACUUGCUUUCCACGAUGCAUAGUGUGACCAGUAUGCAUGGCAUUUAUUUACGUACUACUUGGGCAGAUGAAGCUGAGACGUGAUGAUACGAGGACAGCCCCAUAAUGGCGUGUUAUUUGUCGAGUAUUAUAAUACAGCAGUGUGAACGCAAAGUAAGUACAACAAACAUUAAAAGUGAAACGUUAGCAUUGAAGGCUUGCCUCAUGCCUCUAUCAAAUACAGAAUAGACCCGAGCUCCACAGCAGCUUCUGAAGCCUCUUUUCAAGUAUGUACUGUUAUGACCUGAAACAGCAGUCCAUGGUAAUAUGUUUCUGUUUUAAUUAAAACCCCUCAACGUUUGCUUUUUAAGCUCUUGAAGCCCAGACUUUUGAAACGGUGCUGACCCAGUUUCAUUUUGAAAAUGAGGAGAUAUUUGGAAAAGUUGAUGCAUAAGCUCACAUUUUCUUUCCACUGGGGUUUAAUCAUUCAAGAUGUGCCCUUUUCUAAUUUCUCUGUGUCCGUAAACUCCAAAAAAUACUGGAAGUGUGUGUAAGUCAGGAUAAUGUAAUGUGUAAAAUAUGCUUUAUGAAGGGAUCCAAAGAAAAAAAACAGUUGGAUUACAACUACAUGAGGGAGUGUAGCAUCUGAAUUUGCAUGCAGGUGUGUUAUUAGUAACAGUAUAAAUGUGGCACUUGUAGAGAUAGAAGUGUUUCCAUUGCACAGAGGUUUGCAGACACAUCUUUAGACAUACUCUGAAAGUUUUAGUUGAUUUCGGACCCUGCAUUAUUGUCCACCUUAUCUCCAGCAUGAUUACAUAAAAUUCUAAUUCACUCUUUACUUUUUAAUCAGUAAUAUUGUUGAUUAAGUUUCGCCAAAGAGAAUAACAAAUGAAAAAUCUGUCAAUAACACAAAGUAGUUUUAAAAAAAAAAAGUGUGAUACUGUAUUGGUUGUACCAAAACUCACCAGUAAGCUUAUUGUCCGAUUUAAAAGUUAUUGCAACACAAAGAAAAGCAAUUAUGUUUUAUGUAUUUAUUUCCAUGUGUUGGUGGAUUUCAAACGAGUAGAAAGCAUUGCUUCAAUGAUUAAUCCAGAAAGAAGGUGUCCAGUUCUUCAUCUUCAUCAUUAAGAGAGAAGUGUAGUUUUGAAUUAAGUCACUUAUGUCAAGUUAAGCAAAAAGGUAUGUUUUCCAAAUUAAAAUACAGCUGAGAAUUUUUAAGAACAGAUUACAGCUCCUCUAGUUUGGUUUGAGGGAAAAAACGUGUUUAUUUUGUAAGAACCUGCAAAGAUUUGCACAGGCUCCUUUGUCUUAAUCUGGCUCUGAACACGUUUGAAUCCCGAUCCAACAGCGGCUGAGAGGUAAGCACUAUUUAGCUACUUUAGUAGCUUUCACACAGAGCCAGCCAGACAUCACCUCAUCCAGAGCACAGAUGGAACUGUUUGAGCCAGGUGCUAAAAUCCCAGCGUCUGUUAGGCCGCUGUUGAGGUGGGAAUAAAGGAGUACAGGAGGCUCAGUGCCUGCUGGAAAGCGCAGGUAGGCAAGCAACAGUCAGUUUGAGAAACGGGGCUGUGGAUAGAAGAGGAGGAGGAGGAGGAGGAGGGAGGGGAAACACAGGCAGCGGCAGUGUAACAAGCCGAGCAGGUUGAGCUGGUUCCUGGCUCCAGGACACACAUGCACAGUUAAACUGUUGAGUAUUUACCACACUGACGGUUCCCUGUAACUGAUGUUGUCUUCACGGAAAUAUCUUUACACCUUCACAGUGUAGUCAUAGAGCUUAUGAAAAUCCAGAGCAGCUAGCACUGAGCAAAGCAACGUCAGCAACAAAAGAGGAGAAUAGCUGUAGUCAUGGUUAAAUGUUUCUCCGGUCUGAUUUAAAAAGUCUCAUCUUUCCAGGAAAAGAAGUAAGACUUCUUUUUAUUUUCUAGAUUGAAGGUGUCAUAUUUUUAACCUUAUCCAAAAUAUAUUAUCUGAUGAAAGAGGCACUACGUCCUUUUUUUUUUUUUUUGUAACCUCUAACUCUUCAGCAAAGAGUAUUUCAGGGCGUCUGAGAACACACUUUGAACAGUAUCUCAUGCCCUUGAUGAGGCAUUCACAAGUUUGAAAAGAGAAACCUCAUGAUGUCAAAGUGAUAUUAUCGGGUUGAUUUAAGUUUGGCCUUCAGAUUUGAAAUUCAUCAGCAAGGCCGGGGUUAAAGACUUUUGAAAAGAAAGAAAAAAAAUAGGAGGUGAUGGUGGAAGGGGUCUGAAAUCCUCGGCGUAAAGGCAAAUCAAAAUUUUUUGCAUGUGUAAUUUAGAAAGUUAAUGCAUUGAUGCAAGUUGAAUCAAAUUUGUCUGACACUAUGAGAUUGCAAUUUACUCACACUGAAAAAGUGUGCAAAGUAAAGUUAUCUGCAAGUCUCAUUUCGCUUACAGAUCUCAUUUACUGCAUCUUAAUAUGAUUAUUUCAGCAUCCUGUAAACCUCUUUUUGUAACUUUUUUGGGCUUUUUUUUUCUGCCUUCAUUUGAGUAGGACAGCGAAAAGAUAGUGGAGCAGAGAAUGAGGUUAAACACCAAGCAAAGGGUCUCACCACUACAACGAGGACAACAACCUCUGUUCAUGAGGAAUAUGCUUAAACCACAAGGCCAACUGCCAAACCUUUACUACUAUUUGUUGCGAUAUAAUCACAGCGAAAUCUGUUUGUUUUGUAUUCAAACUGCUGUAGUAAACCAGAUUGCAGGAGCUGUGUAACUUACUAGAUACACUGAAACUAAAGCUAACAGACCAAUAGGUGAACUGCUUUAUAUGUUGAAUAAAAUCAACAAGGAAGACAAGAAGACAACACUCAAGAUCUAUGAAAAUAAACCCCUCUGAUGAUCAAACUAAUAUUCAGAACUUCACAGGUUUUGGGGGUUAGCACUCUUCCGGUCAGCAACAUUUUAGUAAUCUUUGGGGUGGCUGUGACUCUGAGGGAGUCAACUUUCUGUAGUUGGAAAGCUGGUGGUUCGACUCCAGUUCUUUACAUCUGAUGCUGAACUCUAAAAUAAGCGUGGUGGCACAGCCAGAAGGAUACCUGGGAAUGUGCUUGAUCAUUGCUCACCCUGCAUACGAGUAUUUAUUGUCUUUUUUUUAAAGAAUAUUUUAAAUUUGUAGUUGUAUUUAUUAAAGUCCACCCAGGAGCUCAUCUUCUCCAUCAUGUCUCCAGCAGACUUUGCAGGCUUCGCCGUCACUGUCUGGCCUUUUUAAAGUCUCUGGAUGUGACACUUCCUUUCCAUGUCAGCUAAUUCCAAUCACUUCAAGACCACCACUGAUCUCCCUCCCUCUCCCCUUCACCGCUCUCUCUCUCUUCCCCUCAAAUCUCCUAGUCCGCUCCCACGUCUUUUGUACACCCCCUUUUCUCCACUAUGGGACUAAUCCCACUCAGCACCGCCCACCGGUUGUGAUGCUCCUCUUUUCUGAUGUGUCUGAAUGUGCUCCAGACUCAAGAGGAAGGUCACAUGUUGGUCACACACUCGUGCUUGAGUUUGUUUUUUUGUCCUCGAGCCUGUUUCCCUUUGCCUUUCCAAAUAAGAGGUUUCAUCUGGAGGGCUUUUAUCUUGAAGGAAAGAUGCAGGGUUGACUUUAUUUCUGUACAUGUUAGAGUGGCACCAUGAAGGAGAAUAAGGACAUUUCUUUUAUUAAGCUUUAAAUUCAAUACUUUAGAAUUGGGUCUAAAAAAGUAGUGUGACAUAAGGAGACUCUAAAUGAAUUAUUUCUUUCUGUUUGCUGCUGAAAGUCUUUUUGGUUUCUUGCUCUACUUUUCCCACCUUUAGAUCUACUACAGCAUUGCUGCCGAUUAGACCCCACCCUUUGUAUGAAUUCAGUCUAACCCAGCUCAAGGACCACCCACAUUACAACAACAGACCCCCCCUCCCCUCCUUUAAUGACCUUUAAUGUUAUGUACCAAGCCUCCUGAUCUGGAACUGAGGGAUCCUCCAGCCCUGGUGCUGAUCAACUCUGAGUCCCCCCUCCUGCAAUCCCUGUUCCCUGCUCAGCCCAGCCCCGCUCUGCUCUCCUUCUGCAGCUAAGCUUGUUUUUGCGACAUAGCUCUGGAGCAAUCAGCCUGACAAGGCCAGCCCACUUUUUUUCCCCUUCUCCUCUACCCAGCCCAGCCCCCUUCUUGCUUUUUCAACAUAACACUGUUUUUUGCUGCAUUUUUCUCCUUCACUCUCUUGAUUUUUUAUACAUAUUUCAGUCUCUUUCGUUCCUCUUUCCAUCUAAAUUCUCUUGCACUGCCUGCACCCUCCUCCCCCUCCUCCUCCUCCUCCUCCUCCUCCUCCCUUCCUCGUUCUCUCUCUUCGCUUAGUAAAUCAGCUUUCAUAACGCUGUGCAGCACAGCCUUGUUUUGCGAGGCUCUGCCGCUGACAGUAUUCAGAGUCCGGGGCCGGUUUCCUGUUGCUAUUCUGGGGCCCUUGCUUCCUGUGUGGACAUGUCUUAUUCAGAUUCCAGGGCGCCUCUCACUCGCUCUCACCCUACCCUCCCUCCUCCUUCCUCCUCCUCUCAGCUCGUCUGUUUCUCUCCCCCUGCUCCCUCUUGCUCUCACUCUUUUUCUAUCCUUUCUAUGUGAUUUUUAAUUAAUGUUCUUCAGAAAAUUUAACCUGCUGACAAAGUGCGUUGUUUUGCGUUUGCUUCAGUGAAUUGUUUCUCAGCUCUGCUGACACCCAGAGCCCUGUUUUUGCUCUUGUGAGCUCUCACACACAUACACACACGCGCACACACAUACACUCACACAGAGCACUCUCCCUCUCCCUUUUUCGCUCUCUCUGCUCGCUUACACACUCUCACACUCUCCCAUGCCCCUCCCCUCUGCCUCCAUUUCUGCUGGGCUGAGCUAGUUUUGCAGCACAAAGACUGUGGCUGACUGCAGCACUGUCUGUGCUCUCUGGCUCUCACUGGAACAAGCUGCUGAGCUUAGAUGGAUGAAACUGGCCUCACAAUGAAAUUAACUCUCACUCUAUGAAAUAACCUCUAUAUUAUUUUUUCUCUCCCCUCCCCUGUUAAUUCCCUGCUGUUGCUUUGGUAGCUAUAGACAUGCUUUAUGUGUGUGGGUGACAGUGGGAGGGGAGGGGUGCUGCUGCUCAGGAGAACAGGCACUGGCUAUAGGGGUCUGGCCCCCCCCCUCUCACUCUACCUCACCCCGAGGCCCCUCCAGCCCCCUCACCCUCUGUAUCCCAGCAGUCCUCACCUCAGGCUGGGCAGCUGCCUGCCUCACUUGGGCAUCUGUGCGCUGCCCUGGGACUCCCUGCUACUAUUGUGAUCCCUACAAAAGGCCCCCCAUGCACACACCAUCUCCCCAUUAUUCACAGCAAUCAGACCAACCACCCCCCCCUAAAAAAAAAGACCCACCCUCUGCUGCCCCCUUCAUCUGCACACAGACUGCAGCAGUGUUUGUGUGUCUUGCACACCCCCUUUUUUGUGUUCCCCCCACAGAGAAGCUCAAUUAGGCAAAUGUGGGGCGUUUAAAGAAGAACUCCCUGCUUAUUGAUGUGGACCUUGUUUCAAUCAGAAUAGACCCAUUUGAAAAAAAAAAAUCAGUGUUCAUGUGGCAAGACUUUGAAAACGCAAAAACCAAAUAAAACUGAUUGAAAACACGGUAGUAUUCAUAAAGACCAGUAGUUGGCAGUAUAACUUUCAAAAGAGUGAAAUGAGGAGACAAACAAGAAGAUGCUAAUGAACACUUCAUAUCAACACUUUGCUGAACAUCUGUUCAUCAACCUAAAAUCAGAAGAAAAUUCACAGCUCCAGACUCUAUUGUUGAUGAUAUUAUUUACAACAAUCUCUAUCUGACUGGGCCUUUUGUUCACAAGGCUAAUCAAAAACAUACGCACCUCAAGUCUGCAGUUACUGCAUGCAGUUGUUGUUAGCAUACCUGUGCGUGCUAUUUGUGCAAAAAUUGCAACAUUGUGAUUUUAGCAUCAUGGCAGACCAUCAGCCAAUCUGUUCUCGUCAUGGGCUGACCACCACUUAAUACUUUUGCAAAUUAAGCUACAUUUUCAUUUUCAGGGAGUCUUGUAUUAUCAGAAGACGCUAAAAUCACUCUUACUGAUCAGUCCUUUAGCUUCGUCUUUAGCCUUGAGUUUAUUUUACUGGGGUAUAAACCUGUAUCAGGUAAACUCAGGUGGUAUUGAUCAGUCUCAAAGGACUUGUGUGGUUUUUAUUCAUAAGCAGUUUGAUUCUUGUUUUCUCAAUUCUGCUGCUUCACUCUUCUCUCUUGUUCUUUUGUUUGUGUUAUUAUCCUCCCCACAUGGCUGUGGGUGAUAAAGCUGCAGUGUAAUGGUGAUCUCCGGGGAGCUGGAGGUAGUAGACAUUGUGUCUGUGGCUCUGAUACUCCAGACAAGAUACCCAACCCUGCGAGGGUGCUCUCAUUGUGUCACCCAACAUGAUGACGGUGGUUGUUGUUGUUGCCUACAUCUUGAAGAAAUAAAAAAAACUGUAUUAACAUGAUUUAAUUCCAUGAAUCAAGAGGUAUUUUGGUAAUCUUUUCAACGGUUCCCAUGGAUACCAUUGUGUGGAUGGGGUCACAGGUGUCUGGUGCACCCAUAGGUAGCUGUAACUUUGUAUAUUGAGCUGAGCCGAGCUGUGUGUGUGAAAGCCUGUAAUGGCUGCUGCUGCUGCUGCUGCUGCUGCUGUAUGAGGCAGGGGCCUGCCUUGCUUCUCCUCUCUCCAGUUUCUUCCCUCAUAGUGGGAUGGGAGUGCCCCCUUAUGGUUGAGAUCAGCCCUGCAAACCUGGAGCUGGGGCCGCAACUGCCUCCCUGUGAGCCUCCUGUGGACUCUCAAGAAGCUCCUUGUAGCUUCAGGGUGCAGGUGGGACCCUCUGGGCAGGAACCGAGGGGUCAGGGAAGCCCACCUGUCAGUCCUCUUCUUCAGUUCUUUGACAGUACCAGGUGUUAUCUCAUGAAACUGCCGCAUGGAGUCAUUACAGGUGGUUUCACAGCUUUGACAGGGUUGUUUUUAGUUCGUCUGAACAACUGAAGUCUGUCUGUUGUCGGUGCGAGCGCAGAUAGAAGCGCUUUGAUUGUCGCCUGCAGAUAAUGCGCUUCAGUGGAAUCACGUUCAGAGGCUGAGCCGAGAGAAAGAAAGAAGAGAGACCCCUUUUUAAAAAAAAAAAAAAGUGCAGAGAAAAUUCACUUGAUCUUGAGCUUAAAAGGGAAGAGUUGACUUUUCCCAUGACCCUGUUUCAGAUAUCAAAAGCCCACUUUGCCCUGAAUGAAUGAGUGGUAAAAGCACAGCACUGAAGUGUUCUUACUGACAAGACCGACAGUGUAUAAAUAUAAACAUAGGGGACUCUAGAAAGACAGUGGAGAAGUUCAGAGUUGAGUUGUUUUGUGUUUGUCCACUCUGUGUAUCUCCCAGGCCUCCGCGGUGAAAGGAUCUGCAGGCUGUAAUUAAAGCAGCGGUGGAGCAGGAGCAAGUGGGGGGGGUAGUAAGGAGAAGUGGGGAGGGGGUGUGCGUCUGCGUUUCCUGUAACAAUGACAGGCUGCUGCUUUUUGUAGUAGCUGACUGCACCGUGACCCUGCCAGGCUCACAGGGAGGCCACCAGGAAAGAGAGAGAGGGACACAGACAGACAGACAGACUGACUGAGGGAUGGUGGCAGAAGAGGGGAGGGAGGGGAGAGACUGUGUCAACUCCAAUGUGUCAAGCACAUGCAUCAGAGUAACCAUGGCAUCCUUGAAGAUGCGGCCAUUUUUUUUUUGGCUUCAGAUGCAUCUGUGGGCAUUGAGCAUGAGUAGGGAGUACAGGAGUCACAACAUCAGAUUUUUCAUUUUUGAGAACAUGCACAAGUAUGUCUCUAGUAUGAACCAAUAUCAACAAACACCGUCUGAAAAGAUCCUCAAACUGGCGAGGAAACAGAGUUGCGCUCUUGAAGACAUGAUGUUUGUUGCGUUAUUAGCCAAACUGUGAAGCUAAUUUAAUUUACAUGACGGUUCCUCAAUAAAGGCCAGAAAAGUAAAAAAUUAAACGUUUUUGUUCCUGACAAGUUUCGGCUACUUUGCCUCUGCAGUCAUCAUCAGAGGUGUCACAUUUAUUUUUUACCUUUCUGGCCUUUAUAGAGGAACUGUCUUGUAAAUUUAUCAUCGACAGGCCGAAUGAACCUUUUGAGCAUAAAGCUAAUCUAAGUUACCCAGUUUGUAUUAACCUCUGGAAAGGACAUUGCUUUAAACAAAUAUCAUUUGUGAUGCUUUUAUUUUGAUAUAUUUACCAUCUCACAUUUCCCUAAUGUCAUUUCCUGUAUUGGAAAAACAUAUUUUAUUUUGAAAUUAAUAUGAGUUACGGCACCGUCUAAAAACAGCUAAAGGAACAGUUAGAAGUGUGAAUGCAUGAGUACCCUAAAAGACCAUAUGUUGUCUAGUUAACAUCAGUAUGAAAACAUCUAUCUUUGAAUGGCUGCUGCAGCUAGCUAGCUGUUUUAUCGCUGUCACUGCUUCUUCUUCUCGCUGUUAUAUGGUGGUGGGUAACAAGUGUAAAGACCCCCUGCUGCCGCAACUAGAACAGCUCAUAACCAUAUGCAUUAAAAAACUGACAUUUUUAAGUGAUCAUCCACAAUGGUAAUAUAGAAACAGCUCUCUCAGCGACAGGAGGAGGGAGACUGUGUCUGCUUCAAUGUGUCAAACACGUGCAUCACAGUUACCAUGGAAGCCCUUGAGAUGCAGCCAUUUCUCUCCACCCUCCCUGUCUUACUCCUCAGCUAUCACCUACCCACAGAGGGAUGUGUGAGCAUGUGUCUGGAGUGAGUGAGCUUUUUUUUUUCUUCUCCUCUCCCUUCCUGUAUAUUGUGUUCAGCAUCUGGAGGCCUGAGAAUGAGGAAGCCUGCCAACUAGGCGGUGGUUGGUGAAACCCUGAGGUAUGAGAAUGACAGAAGACUGGGUCAGGGAGAGUGUGUGACUGAGGGAUGAACUCUGUACUCCCCUCCCCUCCUCCCUCUUCCUUACCACCACUACGAGCAGAUCUGGUUACACUACCGGCCGGGGUCACACAAUCCAGAUACGUUUCAUUAUCUCAAGCUGCUUCUUCUUUUCCCCCUGUCUUCUUCCUCUUCUUCUCUCUGUGUCUCAGAAGGUACAAAAAAGAAAAAGGAGAAGGAGAAGAAAUUGCCUGGCUUGGCAGACUAAUGGCUCUGGUCGGGCUUGAUUGAUUCAGUGAAGUAAUCUGCAAAUGGAAUACAUUAGAGGAGAGCAGAGCAGAUGACUCAGAGACAGCAGAGGCACGCUCGGAGGAGAGAGUGGAGAAUAUGGGAAUAAUGGGAAUAGUAAAGACUCUCUUCCUUUUUCCACAUUCAAGAGAAAUAAUUUCAUUUUUUCCAGGAUUUCCAACUGAAUUUUCACACCGGACUUUGUUUAAAUUUGCAUCCUGGCUCUUCGCAACCCUUUAAAAUUACAAACACUCUUCUGCAGCCUUCUACCAGCUCUGAAGUUCCAUGUUAGGCAGUGCUGUGAAAACACAAAAUGGCUGCCAUAGAGAGGAGCUUGGAGCUCCACAAAAAGAGCUGCAGCUCUCUGUUUCUCUCCACAACACAGCUCACAUCUUCUCCUCUUUUCCUACACGUAGAAAAAUAGCGUGUUGUCGUGUUUCCUAAUGUUAUUAGCGGUUUUAAUAGUUGGAUUUAAUAGCGUUUCCCACAAACAACCCCUCCAUCCGCACACAAACACACACACAUGCUCACACUGUCCCUCAACUCCUUCUCAUGCCUGAUCCACAUCCUCUUCAUCAUUCACCCUCUAAUGAUGAGCGUGUUGAAUGGCAGAGCCACAGCAGCAUCCGUAUCAUCAGCCUCCCCCUCUCCUCUCCUCUCUCCUCCCCUCCCCCCUCCUCUCCCUCUCCUCUCUCCCUGUCCGGCUUGUGCAGUCAGCAGAACAGGCGGGUGCUGUGCAGUAUUGAGUCGGGAAAAAUCAAUGACUGCAGAGUGGGAGUAGGUAGGAGCUUGUGUGUUUGAAAGUGUGUGUGUGUGCGUACGAUGUUUCUGCUUAUCCAGGCUGAGGGAUCAGAGCUGUCAGUUGCCAGAUAUUUACAGAGUUUGCUCUCUCUCUCUCUCUCUCUCUCUCUCUCUCUGUGUGCUGCAUAUGUUUGACCAUGAGGGGCUGCAUGAUUAUCAUGACUAAAAUGAUCAUCAGGAUUGUUUUGAUCAACGAUGGCAUAAUGAUUUGUCCUGAGUAUUAAUUUUAAGGAUCAACUUAUUAUUUGUUUAUUGAUUAUUUUAAACCAUAUCUAGUAUCUCACCUUUUUCCAGGCCUGGACUGUAACAGAAAAUCUGCCCUGACAGAUUUGACGGCGCACACCAACCCAAAACAUUUGAUCGAAUAUACAGAAGCUUUAAAUAUUAUUAGGGCUUCAUUUAGCUUCUUUUUUAAGUUUAUGAAAUCUUUGACUUAUUUUUAAUGAUAUACUAAUUUAGAUGUAAUCUGUUAUACUCUAAAAUAAGACAACUUGGGCUUUAUAUCUAAAAUUAAAACGGACCAAUCGAUUGAUCAAGCCAUGUGACCUUUAGCAUGUUUGCCACAUUCUCCUCGCUCACUCUGUCCCUCUUCUUUACUAACACACAAACACACACAAUUGUAGGGCUGGGCGAUAUGGCCUCAAAUCAAUAUCACAAUAUAUUGAGAAGUUCACCUUGAUAACAAUAAAUGGACAAUAACUACCCCACAAGUCCCCCUCCCACAGUAACCUCGUGUACUUCAGCUGCCGCUUCAGCUGCUACAACUUUUGAACCAUCCUCCAUCUCCUCAUCUGUCUUACCCUCUUUGUUACGGACUGGAUGAGGUGGAGUCACGUCUCUGACGUAGGACAGCGUCUUAAGAGACAUGAGACCAUAAACCAUUUUUUAUUUAUUUAUUUAUUUGACCCGAAAUAUACCAAUAUGGGCAAAUUGACGUCAGUUACUGUCGGAAAUUUAGGUAUCGUUAAAGUUUUGGUUUAUCACCCAGCCCUAGAGGCCGCCACUUCCUCCUUGCUCACUCUGUCCCUCUUCUUUACUAACACACAAACACACACAAUCCUCUUGCUCGCUAUCUAAUUUACUGCAGAUAUUGGAUUAAUUGUUUAGCUCCGGGUUCAUGGCAGAUUUUUAAAGCUUUGUCAUCUUUUUCAAGUCAUUCUUCAACGACUGCGAGGAUAUUUUUUUAAUUUAACACACAUCACAUAAAAGAGAAGGACUGAUUGUUUUGCAUGUUUUUGUCAAACUUUCUGAUAAAGUUUUGGAAACUUUUUCCAGCAAACUGCCUCACCUUGCAGCCAAGAGUCAAGAUGUAAUGACUGCAUCAUUAGUUUCCACAGCAACCUCUCACAUUCUGAAUAAAACAAAAUAGAGUUUCACUAUGAGAGAUCAGUUUUUAAGAAGAAACAAUGCCAGACUGGAUGAUCCAAGCUCCCACCCCGUAUACAAAGUUAUGUUUCAAGCUCAAUUCCAUCCUGGAGCUCCUUUCCCCCAUGUCAUCUCCUGAUCUUCCUCCUAAUAUGUGUUCUUUUUGCACUCUCUAAAACAUAGGCACAGAAAAUUGAAAUAACAGUACAUAAUAAAAGAGUUUCUUCACUGGACAUGCAGUGUUUAAAAUGGGCAAAGACUGGGCCUGGAUAUCCUUUAUUUCUUAUCUCGGAAGGUAAAAAAAGCGCCAAAAUGUAAGACCGACAUAGAACCAAGAAUGUGCAAAUAUUACCCUCUGAUCUUCAUUUUGCUUUGUAGCCCUGAGAGUUCAUGGGAUGCCUCAAGUUCUCCUCUCCCUAUUGCUGGUUUUCCUCAGGAUAAACCCCGCCUCCUCAGUUCUUCCUUCUGUCUUUUUAUCUUGCGGCUGAAGUGUGUCUAUGUUCUGUGAAGUCGUCCAGAGUGACCCCUUGCUGAUAUGUGACUUCCAGGCGUAACUCCAGGAAUUGACCCCUGACCUUUUUUGCCCUGUGGUCUGGGUCACAACAGAGGUUGGCGGAGGAGGAGGGUGUUUUUUGUACUGUGUGCAUUGAUCUGCAGCAUUUUGUGUGGCCGCGGCUGCUGCUGCUGAGGUGGUCAUCUUGGCGUCUGGCCCGGGGCCUUCAGACCGAGCUCUCUUGUCAGAUGACCGGUCUUGUGAUGUCUGAGAGGAGGUGGGGUGGUGCUGGUUGGGGAGAGGGUGGAUGUAGGUCAGCUGACAAUGCCACCUCCUAGAAAAAGGAUCCUGCCACGGUUGUUUAAGUCCAGAAAGUCAUGCUGUUUGAUCUCUGCUCUUGGCUCCUGAGCAUUAAGAUCUUAAAAGCACGCUGCCGUUCACACAGAGACGCUGUGUCUCGCUCUGACCUGCUUUUAGAUCUGUUAGCAUGAAUUAGGAUUCAGCCAAUGAAACACUGAAUUUUUCUCACCCAUAAAGCCUCCAUGCUGUGUUUUUGCGUGGCUCCGGUGGAUGCCAUAUUUCCUGUGCAGGUCAGAAAGGCUCGCGUUUGUGUAGUCAGGAAGAGACGAAGGGAGGGCAGAGGGAACAGGGUGGGGGAGGAUUGGAGGGGUGAGUUCUGAAUCAGCGUUCUCCUCCUGUCACUCCCUCUGGGGUUCCUCCAUCAGGUCACGUCCCAAAAAUAGCAACGGGCGCUGUUUCAAGUGCAAAACCGCCAGCUUCGGGGCUGCAGCCAGCCUGCGAGUGUGAGAUUUCUAUGGGAAUAGUUGGCCACCUUCCAAUGAGUGCUUUUUUUCCUCCCUCCCUCCCUCCCUCCCUGCUCAUUUUUUUCCCUCCUCUGAUGUGACUGGCAGAUGAGCUUGCAUUUCUGAGUGAGCACAUGGGCUGCACGUGAGUGGCCAGUGUGUAAACAUUCACCUUCUCACAAACAUAAUAAUCUCCGGCUGCCUCCCUACCUUCGCCGCCCGCCUGCCUGUCUUUGUGUGACAGCCAGCGAGGCUCGGUAACAACACCACAUGGCAUCAGAGCCGGUGCCCAGCACCAAUUAUUUCUACCGCUUCCCCAGAUGACUUGCUUCAAAUAUUCUUUCUCUUCACUUUCUCUUUGCGGUGCUGAACAAACAGAGCCCGCCUUGCCAAGAUGGAUCAUUAUCAGCAUUAAAGGAGUGGUUUUGAAAAACACGCAAAAAUAGUUCACUGUACCUGGAUGUGUGUUUGUAACAUAAUAGGGCUGGCAGGCUUGGAUAAGAGAAUAACAGAGACAUCAGUGAUGGCAAAGGGGGCUGCAACUUAGGCAUUGGUGGAUCUCUGCUCUCUUGAGCAGCUUCACUUGACUCUGAAUAAAAUCCUUUCUUACCUUCAAGAUGUAGAAGAAGAAGAUGAUCAUGUACAUCCUCUCUACAUUUCUCUCUGAGCCAAACUGAGCUUCAUUUACAUCCCUGCACAUUGUUAUUUUUGUGUCAGCUGUUUGUACGUUAUCUCUUUUUCUUCAUCCACUCAGUCCUUCUCAAAGCUGCUGAAAAUCAACACAAUUGAGUGAUCUCUUUUUGUUUUAAAACUGUGUCUUGGAAUAAAGAAAUCUGACAGAUACUACAGAGUACUAGAGCAGGGUUUUCACUUCAAAUUGAAAUGUUUACAAGACUGUCUCUCGCUCUUGAUCAUGCAAUUUAUCAACAAAGUACUUUUUAUAUGAUAUUCAGGAAUCAAAAUCGCAUUCAAAAGAUGACGCUUACUUCGUAUUCCGGUUACACGAUUUCUAACCCGUGUGGUUUCUCAUUUCAGGAUCUGUCAGGCUCCAUCGAUGACCUGCCCACCGGUACAGAGGGGGCUCUGAGCCCAGGUGUCAGCACCUCAGGGGUGUCCAGCAGUCAGGGUGAGCAGAGCAAUCCCGCCCAGUCGCCCUUCUCUCCGCACACGUCGCCCCACCUGCCAGGGAUACGUGGGCCCUCGCCAUCACCCGUGGGUUCCCCUGCCAGCGUCACCCCCUCCCGCACUGGACCUCUGUCCCCUGCUGCUGUGCCAGGUAAACAUUCAAAACUUGAAGAUUCAUGUGUUUGAAAGGAAGCACCAGGUUUGAGAAAACAUGAAACUCGCCAUCUUGGAUGUAUGAUGCAUGUGCAAAAAGCAAAAACAACAAUUGCUAUAUGCAGCUUGAAGUAAUGAUGUUAGUGUUCCCCAAAACUGCCACACUAGAUGUCCCUGAGAAUAUCGGCAAAACAGUUGUUUUCUAAAAACUCUGUACGGAAAGGGUUCAAGUUUAGCGGUUGGUCUAAAAGUAAAGAGGGUCAGGGUUUCCUUGUGCGAGUAGAAAUCUAGACAGUUUCCCAUCAUGGACCAAAAUAUGCAGUUUGAAACAUUUGCCUAGCUCAUCAUGUUUGUCUAAUCGAAGACUGAAAAACACAAACAAAAACUAAGUGGCUAAAAAGGCCCAACGAAGACGAAAUGUUUCAUAUAGAGAGUCAGAUGCUGUGAAACAUCCAGAGAACAGAUGAGGUUUAGAUUUUUAAUUUAGCACUCCCUCUUUCUCCCGCUCUCACAAAUACAACAGCUUACAUUUAUAAUUUAUGAAAUGACUCGCCAGAUGGGAACAUUUUUCUCCUGACAUCAUGCUAGUAAACCAUCCGGAUUCCUGCGAAACAGAAGCCUCGAUACUCGCCGGGGAGAGCAGUCUGACAAGAAGCAGAACACUGUCGUUGUCUGUCUUAGUCAUUGUUCUGUGUUUUUUAUUCUGCUUAUCCUUAUUUAAGAGUGAAUAUGUCACAACCUUAUUAAAAAAAGCUGUUAGAUGAAAGAUUUGUAUCUGAUCCGUGCUGUUGCUGUCCUGCAGGUAAUCAGAUGCCUCCCCGGCCGCCCAGCGUCCAGUCGGACAGCAUCAUGCAUGCUUCCAUGAACCAGUCAGCAAUGGGCCAGGACAGGGGUGAGUCAUUAGACAUGCUCAGAGGCAUGGGUCGAAUAAUUUAUACGUUGACUCAAAAGAAGAAAUGAACCUAUCCUCACUCCACAGUAUCCGACAGUGUUAGAAGUGUGCCACGUCCUCAGGAGGUUUAUGAAGUGUUUGCAUUUGUAUGCAUUCCUCACUCCUGUAAACACUGCCCCAGGCUGUAGCUUUAAAUAAGAAUGUGCUCGUGGUCAGGUCAAAUGAGGGUACCGGCAGACAGGUACAACAUCUUGCUGCAUGUUGGUUAAGAGUAUAGAACAGGGGUCUUCACACAAAGAGCUAAUAGAUUUUGUUUUUGUCUUUUUGGACACAUUUUUUAAAAUGUUGAGAUUCUGGUUUCUGUUUUGGUUUUGGAUACUGUUUAAUCUCUCCUUUUUUUUUUUUUUUUAGUUUCCAAUAUUUUUAGACAGUAACAAAACAAAACUAGUAUUUUAAAAGCAGAAAUAAGUAUUCCUUUAUUGUCAGGAUUUGCAGACUCUUAAAAGAAAAUUGUCAACUGUGACAAGGUUUUUCCUUAUAAAACAAACACAACUUUUUCUUUAAAAGUCAGAUCAUCAAAAAAAAAAUAUACACAACAACACCACAAGGACUCCUUGCCGGUGGAGAAGCGUCUCUGGACUUGUAUCUAACAAACAAUCAUUUUUUGAAUAUUUUUAUGAUUUGUUUAGAGAAGUAUAAACACAAAAAGCUCACCAGUGUUUUGUAUCUGAGUGUGAGGAGACACUGUUACAGCUGCUACUGUGAACAUUUUGGCACAUUGAAUACAUCCAGUAAAUAUCUACUUCCUCCCUAACAUGAAAUGUCUUUGUUGUACUUUGCUGUGUCGUUUUCUGUUCAAGUAAAGCUUUGCCAAACGUCCUGUCGCUAGUUGCGGUCCACCAUGAUUGUCUCGUCACAAAUUUACUGAGUUGUUGUCAUAGUUUCCAGUCUUUCUGACUGCUCAAAGGGAUUUUACCCCACACGUCACAUCACCCAUUCAUUCUACAUUCAUACACAUAGUAUGCUACAGUAGGGGAUCACCGUUUAUUAGUAUUUUCAUACUCAUACCUACUUACACACUGCUGACUUUGAUACUGGGAGCAGUGUGGGAUUCUGUCUGUUGCCUAAGACACUCUAAACCGCUGUUAUCAAAACCCCAAAUCUCCUGGUCGAGAGGUGAUCCACUCUGUUGUGACCUUCAGUGAGAAAUGGACUCAAAUGAGUCUAAACUCAACAAAGGAAAAAUAAAACUUAAAAUUUUAUGUAUGCGACAUUGUUUAUUUCUUCCUUGGGCACAGUUUCAUGUAAGAGUUUGGAUUGAUGCAGGUUUUCUGAGAGGUGACAGAAUGUGAGAUCCUCAUGCCAAAUGCUUUUUGCAAGAAUUACAAGAAGGACGUUUGGAAAUCAAAUUUCACAAACAGUGAAAAAGUCUUUUUGCUUUUAUUGAAACCCUGAGUUGUAUUUGUUAUAAUUCCCCCUUUUGUCCCCCCAUCAGUGUACAGAUGCCCUCAGAUGCCUCCUUAUGGGUCCCCUGGACAACCUGGCUCUGCCUUAUCUCCACGCCAGCCUUCAGGAGGCCAGAUUCACAGUGGGAUGGGACCAUAUCCCCAAAACAACUCUAUGGGAAACUAUGGGCCACAGGGGGGCCAGUACGGUCCACAAGGUGAGUCCUGAGGACGGAGGUGAAGGUGGUGUUGCUUUGAAAGGCCCUCCGCUCUGGUUAGAAAGGAGAGCAGGGUUUUUAGCGGUGCACUGUGCUUCGUCAUUUCACACCGGGUCUGUUUUUUUCCUCAAAUUCUAAAAAUUAUUAUGAAUGAGUGUACAGUUGUCCUCCUGCGAGCACCACAGUUUCAUAGAUAACCCAGAUUUUAGAAAAGGGCUUUGAAGUUACCUCUCACUUCAUAUAUUUAUGAAAUUAUAUCACUUCACUUUGAAGUCUCAGAUGGUUUCUGUGGGCUUUGAAGAAGUUCUGCAAUGAGUCAUAGCAGCGAGCAGCGAGGGCCAGAUAAAGCUCCGCUUCAUCCGGCUGCUUGUCAGAACAGGCAGCACUGAGGUAAAUUUAGAGCCGGACCACUGAAAUAUUGUCAGGGAGAGAUGGGUAGAAGUCCUUUCACACAUCUCGCUGCUUUAGACCAAAACACAGUUGAUAGACAGAGUAGGAUGAGUGUCCGAUGAUUGAUAGAUACUAGGCUGAACCCCGUGAUUCACAAACACUGGUAUGCGUACUGUGGGAGGUAUAUAGGCUCCUUCUGAAAAGGCCAAACAUUUGCUCUCAUUGUGGUUCAAGCCCUUCACCAAAUGCAUAAAUUGCGUUUAUACCGAAGUUUAUUUUUACAUACAUCUGGGGACAUUGUCACACCAGGAAGUGAUUAUUACACAUCUCUCUAUGAUUCCAUAUUUCCUGACCUGAAAACUCAAUCCAUGUGCUUUUAGGAUUUCCUGACUAGUAUAGUCAACCCACAAGAUUUUAAAUAUCUAUGAGUCAUUACCAUGCUGAUAACAUUGUCCAGCGUAACUUUCAGGUAUCCGUUUCCUUCAACUCUUCAUUUUUCUCCUUAAAGUAUAAUAAAGGAAAUACAUAAAUUCUGGGAAUGGAUCUGCUUUUUCUGAAUAUAAUGAAAAUUCAAUAACUCUACCUUUUAGAUACAAAAUUGGUCUUUAUAAACUGUAUCAUUAAAAGCUACAGCGAAGCUAAAAUAUAUAUCAAAGUGAGCUCAAAUUGGGCUAAAAUGACCAACUGGGACAAAUACAUAUCUGCAGGAGGCAGUGGUUUGAAAAUUUAGAUACCUCUCCCAAAAGUUUGUAAAUAUGUUGCUAAACUAUUUGUUCCAUCUCUGUCCCUUUUAGGUUACCCACGGCAACCAGGCUACACAGGGAUGCCCAAUGCCAACUACCCAAGCGGUCCAGGCAUGGGCGGCACCAUGAAUCCGAUGCCUGGUCAGGGCAGCGGAGGUCCUUAUGGAAGCAUCCCGCCUGGCAGGAUAGGCCCGGGGCAGAUGGGUGCCAGACCCUACGGUCCUGGGAUGAGCUCGAACAUGGGAGGCAUGCCACCUCAGGUGGGGUCAGGCAUGUGUCCUCCUCCAGGCAUGAACAGGAAGGACGGUGGCCCUUCCAUGCACCAUGGACCAACAAACUCCAUACACACUAGGUGGGUGAAACAGCUUUUUCUUGCUGCAUCAGAGUCCUGAAGUAAGAUCUCAUAACAGCUUGAUUCUGAUUUAGAUUUCUGACAAUGAAACUCAUCAGUGAUCAAGACAAGAAUUCCUCCUCAGGAUGACCUACAUGACACUGUAUAUUAGUCUGUUAACAUUACUUCGACAUCACAAUUUUUUAAUUAUCAGAGGUUGAAAUGGUCUAAGGAUGUCUCUGGGUCAACUCCCACACGUACAAGCUGUGCCAUAGUACAUUUUAUUGUAAUCUGCGAACUGCAACGUGCUGCAGAACAUUGUGGGUGUUUUUGCGUUUGAGUAUCUUUAGCGCAGUUUGCUGUGUGAAUUAGACCUUGACAUGGAGCAGAUAGUGGGGCAAAUAGUUUACUGUUCUUUGCACUUUCAGAAGCUGUGAGUCAUUCUCAUUUACUUAGACUGAUAGAUAUGAGAAAAUAAAAGAAGGAAUAAUUAUCACUUUUGUACAGAGGACAUGUUUUGGCAAGUUUUCUCUUAAUUUCGCUGACGAGUGAGUGUGUCAGAGAGACACUGAUAUUUUGGGAUAAAUCAAUUAAAAUCUGUGUUGCAGUCAGAGUUUGUUCGAUUUGGAGAGAGGGAGACUUUUGCAGAAAAUAAUGCUCCCAGUGAUAACAUUUUGAAUGACAGCGCUAAAGAACCAAAAUAAAGCAAAAAUAAAGUUAGCAGCCACUUGGCUCGAAAGCCCCUCUGUUAAAACAAGAAGAGGAAUACUGAUUUCUACAUUAAACUUGUAACACUCUAUGUUGCUCACUAUGCAUACACUGUAAUUACCACACUAUUUCUCUGGAAUUGGAUCUUGAUUUCUGCUCUGAAGUUGAGAUGCACUGAUCCAUUUUUUCCCGAUACGAACCGAUACCAAUACCUAGGCUGAGCGUUUUGGCCAGUAUCCGAUACCAAUCCAAUACUCCUGUUGAAUAAAUGAAUUGUAUACCUUGCCCCGUGAGUGAAGGCAUCAGGCUUCACAUUAGCCUUGUUAAAAAACAUAAUAUUAUUUAUUGACAAAUAACAAAUUGCAUAUUAGCACACAGCAAAAAGAAGUAAGACUUCCAUGUAUUAAAAAAAAAAAAAAAUUUAAAAAAAAAGACUGGAUCGGAAUGCUGGAUCGGCAUCAUUCAUCAGAUAUCAAAUCCAGUUAAUUUGUCAGUAUCUGAGCCGAUAUCCGAUCCAAAUAUCAGAUCGGUGCAUCCAUACUCUGAAGCAGUGGUAGCUUGUGGCAGUCAUAACAAAGACAUGAUAUAUGUAGACACCUCAAUAAGUGCUGGAGUGUAAUCCUGAAAUGCUGCCAUAUUGGAUGGGUCUCUUCACUCUUCGCUCACACCAGAGCCAACCGAAGUCAACGGCGAAUGAGCAACUAUGCCCGUGUUUUGGUUUGGGAAAAACCAACGCAAAAUUGAAACUAGAUCACGUAGGAUUACAUUUCACAAGUGUGAUUGAAAAAUAAUUUUGGUUAUUUUUCAUGUGUGACAGCGUUAAUAGUUGGGGUUAAUAUGGUUGAGCAUUCCUACAUUAUAAAUAAAUACAUUUGGGGUGCAUGGGGGACCAAUCCAAGAUGGCGGCUGCUCUGAUACGUGAGCUCCAAUAGGCAGUGUCAAACUAUGAGGCGUCAUCUAUGUAUAUUAUGUCUAUGAGUCAUAAGACAUCUAUGAUAGCAGCAACAUGUUGUGUAAAUUUAUGUUUUGGUGCCACAAAAUCUCUCUUGUUAUCCAGUGAACCCUACUGAUUUAUUUUCUUUUGGUCUUCAAAUGGGCUGGAUUACUUUGGUCUACCUGAUUGCUCAUGUAUCGCAGGCUUUUCUGAUAUUGGUAUUGGUAUCAAAUCAACUCUGAAGUGUCUUAAUGAGACAUAAGGGAGCUGUUGGCUGUUUAGGUUCAGAAUGGCACUAUGAUUAAAACUACAGAGCCUGAAGGAUUCUCUUUUCAUCAUUCAGCUGAAUUCUUGCGUCUGUCCUUGCCUCUACAUGCUGGCUGUGUGACCAUGAAAAACGAUUGGUCCUUCCCACGUGCAAGCCGGUGUGCUGUGUGUUUUGGUGGUUCAGUGUAGAUGCAGAGUAGAUGGCAGUGGACCAAACACUCAUCUGUGAGAGAAAAGGAAAAAAGUGGAAGAAAAAAAAGAGAGAGUGAGAGAGAGCAGGAGAUGCUCUCUGACAUCAGUGAAUCACAUCUCUCCCCAGUGAGGAUGCCAGCUCAGCCCACUGAGAGGCACUCGUGGGCUCCAACAUGCUGGAGUCAUAUGAUGUAAACUGGUUUCUUACAGGAUAAACUGAAAUAAGGCAAAUAUUUAAGUGGAGAUUUAUCACAGAAUCAAAAAUAAAACAUUUCUAGGAGCCUCUGUCAUCAUAAUAAAGAUUUUCCUCUGUCUUCUCUUCCAUAGGCCACCUGGCUACCCCAACAUGUCACAGGGCAUGAUGGGAGCAGGCUCUCCAUACGGCCCUGGCAUGAACAGCAUGCACGGUAUGAUGAACCAGGGAGCACCGGGGCCAUACCCAAUGGGAGCAAAUAUGGCUAACAACACACCUGGUGAGUACAGGCUGCACUGAAACUGGGGUUUCUGCCAUAAGAGGACGCUACUGACUGCUGAUCUUUAAUACCUCAUCUUUUAAUUCUAGGAAUGGCUCCCAGUUCAGAGUUUGGCAUGGACAAAAUGACUCCUGCCCAGAAGAUGAACAACAAAGUGGAUGGGACUCCCAAGCAGGAAUCCAAAAAGGUAAAAUUUUCAUGUCCAUACACAUUAAACACCAAAAAUCACACAGAUAUGGAAGAUGCAGUCUGUUUUUGGAGGGUUCAAAGGUUGAUACGGUGCUUCUACAUGAACACUUCCAUUGCAUUCAGCAGUGUGUAAAUUUUAAGCAGAUGUGAAGCUCUUAAACAGGCUCUCUGUACAUUCAUUUAGCACAACCUAAAGUGGUGUUAACAGAUGUGAGGUAUAGACAGAGCUAUGGCUGGGCGAUAUGGCCUCAAAUCAAUAUCACGAUAUAUUGAGCAGUUCACCUUGAUAACGAUAAAUGGAUGAUAACUACUCCACAAGCUGCUCACCCCCUCCCACAUUAACUUCGUCUACUUCAGCCGCUACAACUUUUGAACUGUCCUCCAUCUCCUCACCUGUCUUUCCCUCUUUGCUACGGACUGGAUGGGGUGGAGUCACGUCUCUGAUGUAGGACAGCGUCUUAAAGGGACAUGAGACCAUAUCCUACCUACACACAUCCAAAACCAAUUUUUAUUUAUUCUUUUUUUUUGACACCGAAUACAUUGACAUGGGCAAAACGACACCAGUUAUUGUCGUAAAUUUCGGUAUCUGUAAUUUUUCGGUUUGUCGCCCAGUCCUAGACAGACCUCAUGCUUACGACUUGCAUCACUUUCCUGUGAUGGUUCUCUAUUGUCUUAAGUUUAGAAGUUACUCAAUCCAACGUUUACCCAUUCCAGAAGUCAAGUUCUUCCACCAUCACCAACGAGAAGAUCACUCGUCUGUAUGAGCUCGGUCCAGAACCGGAGAGGAAGAUGUGGGUUGAUCGAUUCCUGGCCUUCGCUGAGGAGAAAGCCAUGGGCAUGAACAACCUGCCGGCAGUGGGACGCAAGCCUCUCGAUCUCUUCAGACUCUACGUGUCUGUCAAGGAGAUCGGUGGCCUCACACAGGUAUCCAUGACCUCAGCUUGAUUAACAUUAACAUAUCACAGAAUCUAAAAAAAGCAGACAUGUUCGUUUCUCUUAGAGUGUUUAUUAUGUGCAGCUUUGUGAGCCGCCUCCUUCCUCUGUCGCCCACCAGGUGAACAAGAACAAGAAGUGGAGAGAGCUGGCCACCAACCUGAAUGUGGGCACGUCAAGCAGCGCAGCCAGUUCGCUUAAGAAACAGUACAUCCAGUGUUUGUACGCCUUUGAGUGCAAGAUUGAACGCGGGGAGGACCCGCCACCGGAUUUCUUCAACACAGACACCAAAAAGAACCAGCCCAAGAUCCAGCCUCCCAGCCCAGGUUAGCGUCACUGUCAUCUCCCGUCUCUCCUUUGUUUGUUUCCCACGUUUCUCCUCAGUGAAAUUAAAGAUGAGGAGAUUUGAAGUGGUUUUAACACAAGAGCAAUUUCACUUUGAUUUGGUUUUCUGCUAAAGCUGGCAGAAGGCUUUUUUUUUUUUUAAACAUAAUUAAAAUUCGGCUUUUAACACACUGCUGCACAAAGACCAAAAUACCUUUUUGUUGGAAUAUAGAGUUAGUUUUAACUCUUUGUUCACCAGUUGUAAAGAAGAGCGAGGAUAAACUCACAGAAUAGGAUCCACAAAAAGGAUAAUUUUGUCAGUGAGACUGAGACUCACCAAAAACACAUGAGCUGGUUCAUCAAAGUUUAUGAACCAAAAUAUACAACUCCACUUCAGUCUAGUUUGUCUGGAGGGACAGGUUGAGCUUCUCUCUGGUAAGUUAGACUUAAAAAAAAAAACACUUGGCAGGAUGUUUAUUACUAAUUGCUGACUAGACAGGAAAUACAAAAAAAGACUUCUUCAUUUUCAUUCUUCAGGUUGGCUUCCUGCUAGCAGAAGCAGGUUCUUGCUGUAAUUUUGAUGUGACGGCUACAUUUUCAAGUUCUUUGUUAAAAUAAGUCUACUGCAAAGUAGGAGUGUGCCACACUGUAAGGCACUUUGGUAAUUUCAGGAAUUCUACCCAACCUGCUACCAAACCUCAUACAGCAUUUAAUCAGAAAUGUAGGAACAAUUCAGAGUCUGUUAAGUUACAUGGAGGUUUCAGUCUGGCUUAUUAUUAUAAUAAUAAUAAUUUUAAAAAAAGUAAGCUAUGUCCUUGAGGGGAGAAGAAAAUAGCUUUUUUCGCUGAAUAGAAGUCAGAUUUUCAUUUCUGGUGCAGUCAGACAGCGGAGAAAUGUAACUGCUGAUUGGCUCUCACAACGCAGCGUCGAGCGGAUUUGUCAUUCAAGUUAAAAUAUUUGAUCUUGAACAGAUAGUUGGCUGCAUGUGCAUACAGAUAUCUCUUCUUCGUGCAGAAAAAUAGGUUGUCAGAAAACUUCAAUUCAAUUGCUUCUGCUUUUUUUACGGACUGUUUUUCCUGCAUAAACUGAAGCCUGCUGGUUCACGAGAGGUCAGUACAAAGUCUGGCUCUACAUGGACAUGUUCUACUUUUUAAAAUAAAUAUAAACUCGCUAAAGGGUCAGCCAAACUGUAGAAAUCAAUGUUUUUAAUUUUAAAGUUGUCAUAUUAUCAGUUAUGUUACAUAAAUAGUGAUGUUACUUCAUGGCUAAAGGGCUGUAGAUCGGAAAGGUAGAAGUUUUUUUUACUGUGAACGCACUUCCAAAACAAAUUUUCACUCCAGCCACAUCACGCUUUAUCAAAACAGGUGCACUGCUCCCUCGGCUCACAGGGCAACUCUCAUAAAAUAUGCUGUAUUGCUGCCUAAAAUCAAUAUUCUGAUUUUCACCUUCCUUCUUUGGGAGCAGUUAAGUGUCCCUGUAAUUUCUCACAUCCCCAUUUUCUGUCAUUUGCCCCAUAAACUAAACGACUCAAUUUUAUUGUUGCCCUAUUAAUUGCGGAGUUAAAUGCCAAUCUUAAAAGUGUUUAUCUGCAGUGUGAAGCUGCCGUCCUUCAUAAAUCAGAGAUAUUUGGGGGAAUAUAUUGGAGGAGCUGUAAAUGACGGCGGUGUAGCUGAAAGUCACGGAAGCACACUGGAUCAUCCUGUGGACAGAUCCACAAAUGCUUCUCUCUGGGGAAUACUUUGGCAUUUGCACGCAGCAUUACCACAGACUCCCCCCGGUUGGUUUUUGUGUGAAUGUCAGAAUGCCAAAUCUUCCGAUGAACUCUGAAUGUUGGGUAAAAGUCAGUGUGUGAACUGGCAGUCAGUCAGAGGUUUUGGAAGGGGUGGGGUGGGGGGGAUCUCAGGACGAUGCAUCGCCUGGAAGCUGUUUGUUUUGGAGGGACUCUGGUUGGAGCUGCCAGGAGCAGCCGCCGCACCAGGAGCAGGACCACGUGUUGCUCCAGUCUGGCCGAGACCCAGGCUGUCAGACAUGGGGCAGUGAGUCAGCGCCGGGGUGUUGUUACAGGAGACAUCAGGGUGCUUGUCAGCUGGCAUUAGCCCUCUAGUUAGUACGAAGGAAGAGCUGAGGGAGGGGGUGGCGGCGGCGGCGGCGUGGGGCGGGAGGUGAUUUGGCGAUAGCGAUGCCCUGUCAGUGGUGUGUCCUUGCAGCGUGGUGCCUGGCCCAGGGCUACAGAGGCAAGGCAACACUCCCUGGAGAUUAGUGCUGAGCCAGAAAUGAUGAAUGGGGGGGAGAGGCUUGAAUGUGUGUGUGUGCGUAAAAGUCUGACUCUCUGUUUCUACCGAGCUUUUAUUUUUUUUUUUCAUCCUCACGAGAUAUCCCCCCCUCCCUCCCUUCGUCUUUCCUCCCUUCAUCUUCAGUGGAGGGAAAUCCCUGCCCAGAGGGAGGGGGUAGGGGGGGAGGUGGAGUCAGUUAAUGUGUGUAUGUGUGAGAGAGAGAGAGAGAGCGAGAGAGGCGAGAGGGUGAUGUGAGAAAAUGUGAAUAACUGUGACCUGCCAGUGACCCUGCUGUUGUGUGUGUAAGUGUGUGUGUGUGUGUGCCAGUUUAAUGAAUGGGAACCUGUGAGUCAUCAGACUGGCGUGCUAAUAGUGAGAAGUCCUGAACUGAAGUUAAGGACGACUGCUGCUCUGUCACACACGUACACACACACACGCACACAAUACACAACACAAACAAUCACUCACGCUUACACACACACACACAUACACACGUCUUCAUGCCAGCUUUUGUCUCUGCAGGUCAGGCUGUAAUCUGUCACAGUCAGGGUUUAGAUCAUUGUUUCCUGGUGACUUCAAGACAACCGGCGUGGGUGAAGAGGAGGGUGUUGGGAAAUAGGAGGGGGCAGGGUUAAGUGAGGGGGGGUUGGCAUGCUGUGAUGAGCUGGAGGAUUCAACAUUUUUUCACUGACUGUGCACUCCAAAAAAAAAAAAAAAAAAAGGCAGCUUGAGACAAACCACAUUCCCCUCUGCAACGCUCAGGAAUUUCUUAAUGGGAUUUAGGAUUCGCCGAAAGCAGCGUGUGUCCCUGAACCCAACCCCCCCAGCAGAGCCCAGCCUAACCACAAGACUCUGCCGACUCACUAUCACACAUCAACUUUGACUCCUGGAGUGAGAAUCUGCAGAAAUCUUUACACCUUAUGAUCCUGAGGACUAUCUUGUUUGACUCACUCAGCGUGUUCUUCUCUGUUUUUUUUGCAGCUGGUUCUGGAUCUCUCCAAGGACCCCAGACUCCUCAGUCCACCAGUAGUUCUAUGGCAGAAGGGGGAGACCUGAAGCCCCCUACCCCAGCCUCCACCCCGCACACGCAAAUGCCCCCAAUGCCUGGCGUCAGGUACGAGUCGGAAACCACAAUGUUUAGUUUCUUUGAUGUUAAUAACACGAAUCACCACAACGAAAUGAAAGUGAUCCCUUUGGCAGAACUUGAUCCUUCGGUCAGGAAAUAGAAAUAAAUACUACAGACAUAUUGCUUUUCGUUAUGUAAGAGUAGUGUUGAUGCUGCGUUCACACAGUCCGGCUGAUGGUCGACAGGAAACCUGAUAUUAUUUAUUGGUUGAGUGCAGGUCAGGGAAUGAAAGGUGAGCGCAUACCAGCUACAGAUUUGGCAGAUGACAUCGCUGUUCAGGGUUAUCGCGCCCCAUCUAUGUGGUUUAAUUAACCACCAAAUUUUACCUACACAAGGAAAAAAACACAUCAAUCUGGACUUCAACAGACCAGUUCUUUUAACAAGAUAAUAUCCCAGAAAAAUGAGGUUUACUCCAAUCACUGUGUGUAGUAAAUUAAUCCCUUGUGGUUGUUGUGGUUUUUUAAAAGAUGUUGGAGGUUUGUUAACAAGUAAAAAGAGUCUGGCUGCAUUUGAACUGCUUUAAAACGCUCCUCCUCUUAAAAAUAAACCCUUUGCCUGAUCGACCGCCUGGCACGUCAACCUUGAGUGCCUUUAUUUUUAAAUGUUUAUCGUUUUGUUUUUAACUUGAUUUUUUAUGCUCUUGUUUUUUUUAUGACAGUAGCUCUUUGAGAUGUAAGUGUAAAGUUUGUGUAAAAUUUAUUCCUAUCAACAUCAUAAGAUAGGUGCUGUGUGCCUCACUAGAAUAUUGUCACAUUUGCACCAUUGAUUUCUUUUUUUUAUGCCAUCUUAAAAAGUGAGAUGCAUCCCAUACACUCGGACAGUAAGUAUAGAUAUCAGUCCAACCUGAAUCACACCAAGCUGAAUUCGUCAAAGUUGGACAAACAUACCUAGAUAAUGUGGUUCGGGAUCAGUUCUCUCUUGCGUGUAUACACUUCAGUCAGAUCCAAACUGGCCUAGAGGUCUUGGUCAUGAUUCACAGUUCACAUGCUGGGCUUUCUCUUGAAACUCAAACAGCAUAAAUGUGUAGAAGGACGCUGUGUCGUAAACAAAACCUGAACAGAAGAGGGAGAAGUGGAGCUAAAAGGAAGUUUGAUUGAAAGCUAAAGAGCCAUAAAACUGUCCUGGUUUUAAAGUUUGGCAUACAACCAGUAAGCCUCUGGCUAACUUGUUUAUCAGUUGUUACGGCAUGUGACAAAGUAAGUCAACUGGAAGGUUGACUUUUAAAGGUCCAAUAGCAACUAACUGAAAGUGGCCAUAGCUACUUACCCAAGCAGAGGCGGACAUAUUCGUCAAUAAAUCUGUUCUUGUGUGCUGGGACGAGGGCAGUAGUCCGAUUAAAUUGCCUAAAUGAGCAAUGGCCAUAGCUGGAGUAAACUGUUGAUGCAAAUGUACUGGGUGGGUAAAAGUAUUAGACCGUCUAGACCAUAUCAUGCCUUCAAAUAAACAGUGGUAUUAAAUAGAUGAAGUUUGUGGAGUUCUGCUUUGAUUGAAACAACUUCUCAAUUCAGUGACAAGUGACAAGUGGAGGUGGAUGUUAAGAGAGUUUAUGAUUGUUUGAGGGUCUGUACUGGAUCACAAUCAAGUUUGUCAUAGGCUGAGCGCAAGCACUGUACUUGCUGCUAAAAGGGUUGCAAACUUAUCAUAAUGAAAACAGAUUGAACCAGAAAAAAGCUACACAGGUGCACAAGAAUAGCACGUUGUGAACUUAGCUCAGGGUAAUGGAAAUCCUCAUGCUGGAAGAAAGUUCGAACCUCUGUGCCACAGGGAGCCUCGCAAAUACAGUCUGUAUCUAAUAUAUUGGUGCUUUUGUAUAAAUGCCAGAUUUUAAUGGCCCAUGAAAUAAAAGACAGAAUACUUGCUUGUAUACUUUUUUCUUCAAUUCUAUGAAACAAUACAACACCUCCAGUGCAACAUAUGGUUGUGUGUGUUUUGUUAAGCAGUAAUAAGAUUCAGUCAGACUGUGUUUUUGUUUUCUCUGCGCUGUUCAGAAGGUGUUGUCUGUCCACCAUCUGCCUGAAUCCAUGUGAAUGCAGAAUAACAUAUAUAUACACAAACAACCAGCUGGUUAAUAAGUGUUAAAGAGGAGUACAAUACUGAAGAGAGCAUCAAAACAAAUUUGAAUCAUGUUUUUAGUUUGUAAUGAGACUGGAGAGAAAGAGAAUAUGCAUUAUUAAAUGAAAAAAACAAGAGUGUUCAAACAAAGGUUUUGUAACUCCUGAAUAUUCUUAAUUAUGUUAUUUGUAAAAUAUUAUAUAUUGGAGCUGACAAAUGUUCUAUUUUACCAACCUAUUUUCUUGUUUUUUUCCACAGGAGUAGUGUUAAUCUGCAGGACCCUUUCGCUGACGGCGGAGAUCCAGCAUUUUCUAGAAGAAACGCCAUGACUCCCAACUCGCAAGGCUACCAGCCUGGAAUGGGCGGCCCGGAGAUGAUGGGUCGGAUGGGUCCUUAUGAGUCCAAUAAGGACCCCUUUGGAGGCAUGAGGAAGGGUAGGCGACAGAGGAAAAAUGCAGAUUUGAUGUUGUAGUAAUUCACCGAAAGCUGUAACUAACAAUUUUUGUUUUGCUUUUUGAAGCUGGGGAGCAGUUCAUGCAACCCGGCCCCAACAGUGGGAUGGGAGAACAGUACAACAGAGGUCCACAGGGUCCUAUGGGCAACAUGCAGAUGGGUCAGAGACAACAGUAUCCCUAUGGAUAUGACCGAAGGUAACAGCUGCCAUAAUUUUUUGGUAACAUAUUAAACAAAUAUAGAUGGGCAACAAAGUUCACCUUCACUACAUUCACAGAACUUUCUCCUUAGAAGUUCUUCGCUUGGCCUCCAUUAAGAGGCGAUUUUUGAGAUUGGGAUCCGGCUUGCUCCAGUCUAGAUGUCCUUUCAUAUACCCAGUUAAGUCAAAUCUGUUCAUGAGUGUUUGUUGGAUUUACAGACAGGAGCCAGGUAUGGGCCCUGAUGGCAGUAUGGGACCAGGAGCCCCUCAGCCCAACAUGAUGCCUUCUGGAGCCGACACAGGGAUGUACUCGCCAAGCCGCCCUCCACCACAGCAACGGUCAGUACCACACUUUGCUCAUACUGGUCUCUUAUUUCACAAAUCCUCACAAUCAGUUGUAGUGGACUUUCAUACAUCUGUGUUUUUCCUGUAAAUGUAAGGCAUGAAACGUCAAAGUGAGAAUGUUUGUUAUUGUUUUAAGGCAUGACUCCUACACCAAUCAGUUCCCUGGCCAAGGGGCUCCCCCUGGUGGCCCGUACCCAAAUCAACAGCCAGGAAUGUAUCCACAGCAGCAGCCGGUGAGAACAUUUUGUUCAACACUUGCAGUUCUCUCCACACAAGUGAAUUUUCAUCUUUUGAACAUUUCCCUGUGUAAAGAUAUUUUUUCACUAUUUAAUUAUUGAGUUGAACUUCUGUAGCUGUGCUAGUAUCUUUGUGAACAGAUGCACAUGUGUGUGUGUUCCUCUGAGUGUUAUUAUGAUGAGGUUUUUAGUUCAGUUUUAACGGUCGUUGUAUUUUCCUGGCAGAACUACAAGCGCCCUGUAGAUGGAGGGUACGGUCCUCCAGCCAAGCGACAUGAGGGAGACAUGUAUAACGUGCCCUACAGCGGUCAGACGCAGCCAGGACCCCAGUCCUCUGGGCCCCAAGGUCAACAGGACAUGUACAACCAGUAUAAUGCGUACCCUGGAGGGGAGCGCAGACCACCAGGCCCACAGAACCAGUUCCCCUUCCCCUUCACCCGGGAACGAGGACCAUCAUCUGCAGGCCCCAACUCUCAGUCAAUACCACCUCAGAUGAUGGCAAGCCCCAUGCCUUCAGGUCCUGAUGGCCCCCAGGGCCCGAUGUGGCAAGGCCGCAAUGAGAUGGGCUAUCCCAACUACCCCAAUCGACAAGGACCUCCUGUACCAGGUCAGGGCCCCGGAUACCACGGCAUGAACCGCUCAGAAGAGAUGAUGUCAUCAGAUCAGCGCAUGAACCACGAGGGGCAGUGGCCCAGCCAUGUCAACCAGCGGCAGCCACCAUUUGGCCCGGGAGGUUCUGGACCUCCCAUGACCAGACCCCUACCAUCCACCUACCAGACCUCCCAGAACCACAUUCCUCAGGUGUCAAGCCCGGCACCCAUGCCCCGGCAGAACGUGGAAAUCAGAACGUCACCCAGCAAAUCCCCCUACAUGCACCCAGGCAUCAAGGUGCAGAAAGCCGGACCCCCGGUACCAGCCUCCCACAUUGGCCAGGCCCCUGUGCAGCAACCCAUGAUCAGGCGAGAUGUGGCCUUCCCUCCUGGCUCUGUGGAGGCCUCCCAACCUCUGCUGAAGCCCCGCAGACGGCUUACGAUGAAAGACAUUGGUAUAUGGCUUUUUUAUUUCUUAAUCUCAGUUAUUGUACUGAUCAAAAAAAAAAGUGGGAGAACUUCAUUAUUAUGUUUGUUUAGGACUUAAUCCAAAAUAUCCGAUUAUUGAUGACAAAACCUGGAUCUGCCUCUUGAUUUCCUUGCUUGUGAUGUUGGAUAUGGAGUUUCCAUUCUGAACAGAUAAUAAUUGCUGGUCUUGAACAGGAGACAAGUAGUUAAGUUUAUGGGUGUGUACUGGGGGUCUAGAUACAUGAUUUUACCAUGGUACAAUACAUGACAUAAUUCAGGGUUGGCAGUUCGAACAAUAUGGUAUGGAUUAGGGUUAGGAACAAUCAAUGCAUCUUUACUUUUGUGGCCAGUGGUUGAAUGUGUGUGAAAUAAAUAUCUGGGUAUUCUAGGUGGUGCAGUUGGGGUUGGGGAUAGUUAGGAGCAGUGCAUGUGUCUGUCCGUGCUUGUCUCACAGUUGCUAUAAAGUGCAGAUGUUUUUACCUACUUCAGUCAAGACUUUGGUUUGCAAAGCAUGUUCCACUCUGGCUCAAUAUGAGGAGAGAUAAUAGACACAUACCACUGUGUUGAAUCAUCCGUCACGUGUGUUGAAGCUGUACAUCUACCCUCAACGCAUGUUCAUGCAGUGCAUUAUUUUCAAAAGCGUGGGUGUCUUGGUAUGUUGUAUCCGAAGUUCUUCAAAAUCACUUCAUAGAAACUGGAUUUUCAGUCACUCUGUAUGGUCACGUGUCUUUACCGACAAAUCAGGUGAUAGCUGCUGUGUUAGCUUUAGCUCUCAGUGAGUCUGAUUAAAGAUGGCAACCAUGCCUGAGACUUUUUCUGGGAACUACUUACACUGCCGUUGCUGUGGGGAUGGAGCUGGUAGCUUGGCAUUUGAUGCUAAUAAUAAUGAAGGAAAGAUUGGUCGUGUCGCCACUGUCCUUAAAUUCAUCUCUGCAUAGUCUGCAAACAGCUGCUGAUUUAUCAAGGACGACCUCUGUUUCAUGGGAAGGCAAGAUCUGUCCACACAUAAGACUUGCGCAAAUAUUCUUAGUAUCACGAUAAUCGAUGGUUUGCUAGUCUUCUUCCAUCUUUGCAACAGUUACUGAAUCUCUUCUCUUUAGCUGGCUCACCUUUUUAAUGUUUUUAUCUUCUCACAGGCACUCCUGAGGCUUGGAGAGUGAUGAUGUCACUAAAGUCGGGUUUACUCGCUGAAAGCACCUGGGCCUUGGACACCGUAAACAUUUUACUGUAUGAUGACAGCAGCAUCUCUACUUUUAACUUGUGUCAGGUAAAAGCCGCAAACAUCUGUUGGAAUUUCAUCAGCAAAAACAGCAGGAUGUAAGAGUUAACGGGUUUUGUUUUGGUUUCCUCAGCUGCCUGGCUUCCUGGAGCUCGUGGUGGAGUACUUCAGACGCUGCCUUAUUGAGAUCUUUGGCAUCUUAAAGGAGUAUGAAGUCGGGGAUCACGGCCAGCGCACCCUCAUAGAUCCUAAUGCUGCUGAGGACUCUGAUGAUGACAUCCCCAUUCCUGAAGGCGAGGACAUGGAUCUGGAUGAAGACGACGAAGAGGAUGAGGAUGUAGAGGAAUCAAAGACUAAUCCCGAUGCCCUUCCACUGGUUCAGGUGAAACAGGAAGAUGAGUGCUCACAGAAACCCAGGUCUUCGGAGGACGAAGAAGAGGAGAAGGAAAGGGAGUCUUCUAGCAAGGAACCCAGUACCUCUACCUCAGGGUCCUCCCAGGACCCCAACCUUCUCUCUGAAAAGCCCAAGCAGGCAAGCAAGUUUGAUAAACUUCCCCUCAAGGUGGUGAGAAAGAAGAACCCUUUCUUGGUGAACCACUCGUCCAAACUUGGGCAGCGGCAGAGCUUCGAUAGUGGCCUGAUACACUGGAGCAUUGGUGGUGGUGACACUACUGAACACAUCCAGACCCACUUUGAGAACCGGAAGGAAGUCCUAAAGCAGCGGAAACACACACCAAUGGCGCCCGAGAGCCGCAAGAAGGUCCAGAUGACCGAGACCAUCGCAGAAAACUCUGAGAAGCCCAAGACCAACGAGGAGGAAAAACCUCAGCAGCAGCAGCCCCAGUCCUCUGAACCUCAGAAGUCUCCAGUGCAGAAGACCCCUCCUCCUCCUCCUCCACCGUCUCUUCCCAUUGGUGCCCCAGUGACUGCCACCAUCGACGAUGUGCUGUCCGCUCGUCCAGGGUCGGUAACGGAGGAAGUUGUCCGCGGAGGUGCUGAAGAGCAGAAAGAGAACGGCAAGUACCUCUUCAGCAUCAGCCCAGACCUCCAGAGCAGGCGCAACAUCAAAAUCCUGGAAGACGAGCCUCAUAGCAAAGACGAAACACCACUCAGCACUCUGUCGGACUGGCAGGACUCGCUCGCACGGCGCUGCAUCUGCGUCUCCAACAUCGUACGCAGCCUCUCCUUCGUUCCAGGAAACGACCUGGAGAUGUCAAAACAUCCAGGUCUCCUGCUGCUGUUGGGCCGCCUGGUGCUGCUCCAUCACAGGCAUCCUGAGCGCAAACAGGCACCCGUCACAUAUGAGAAGGAGGAAGAGGAGGAUGAAGGCGUGAGCUGUGAAAGAGACGAGUGGUGGUGGGAUUGCCUCGAGGUGUUACGGGAGAACUGCCUGGUGACUCUGGCAAACAUUUCAGGCCAGCUGGACCUUUCUAUCUACCCAGAGAGUAUAUGCUUGCCACUGCUGGACGGCCUACUUCACUGGGCCGUCUGCCCCUCAGCAGAGGCUCUAGACCCCUUCCCCACGCUGGGGCCCCACGGCUCACUUUCCCCUCAGAGACUGGUCCUCGAGACCCUCAGCAAGCUCAGCAUCCAGGACAACAAUGUUGACCUCAUUCUUGCAACACCACCAUUCAGCCGCUUGGAGAAGCUGUAUGGCUCGUUGGUGCGCCUGGUCGGUGAACGCAAGGUGGCCGUUUGCCGGGAAAUGGCUGUCGUCUUGUUGGCUAACUUGGCGCAGGGCGACAGCUUAGCGGCGCGGGCGAUUGCCGUGCAGAAAGGAAGUGUGGGUAACCUGCUGGGCUUCCUGGAGGACAGCCUCGCUGCCACUCAGUACCAGCAGAGCCAGAGCUCCCUGCUACAGAUGCAGGGCGGGCCUCAAUUUGAGCCCACCAGUGUGGACAUGAUGCGGCGCGCGGCUCGUGCCCUGCACGCCCUGGCUAAGGUGGAGGAAAACCACUCAGAGUUCACUUUGUACGAGUCGCGGCUACUGGACAUCUCAGUGUCUCCACUUAUGAACUCUCUGGUGUCCCAAGUGAUCUGUGAUGUACUGUUUCUGAUCGGCCAGUCAUGACAGCCGUGGAGAGGUUUCGGCUCUGCCUCUUCCUGUUCCCAGUCACUCCCCCACCCCCUUUUUUUUUGUAUGUGUGUGUCUGUUGCGUGUGAGUGAAAAGAGCAAAACUGACUGUCCUUUUUUUUUUUUAAUUUAUGCAAAAUCACCUCGGAUUCCACUGUCUUUCUACCCUGCUUCUCACUAAAGGAAGGAAUAUCAUGAAGUAGCUGUGGAUUUAAAGUGUCUGAAAUAGAGAGAUACUGACAAAGAAGAGCAGAUUGGGACCCAGGCAUAGGACAGAGUGCGCUGCCCUGCGGAAAGGACUUGUUUUUUAAUGAAAAGAAAAAACUCCAGAAAAAAAAAAAGAAGAAACUGUAACCAAAGUUGCUGUCUCGUUUACAGUGAAUUUGGGGGAUACAUGUGCUCACUUCUCCCCCCUGGGGGGAUGGCAGGGAGAAGAGGGCACGGACUAGACAAUAUUAUGGUUCAUGUUUGGAGGCUACAUAGACUCACAGACUGUGGUGUGGUAUAAUUGCUGUAACUUUGGAUGCUAUAUACUCAGCCCCACAGGAACCACAUUAUUGGCUGUGAACAGACAUCUGUCAUGGGAGGCCUGUGCAGUAGAUUGUAGGACUUUUUUCUGUACUGUACACCUUAAAAACUGUAAACAUACUGUAAUAAUACUGUUUCACACUGAGAUACGCUGGCUUGGCAGCAAACUGUAGUUUUUAAAAACAGUUUUAGUUAAUGUCGAGAGAGAAAAUGGCUUUCCCCCCAAAGUAUGGUGAACCUACAACACCCCGACCUCUUCUCUUUGUCCCUUGAUUGUAUGACUUGACCCUUAUAUUAAAAAGUCACCUCUUUAGGACUGGUCCUCAACUCUAGAUGCAGUCCAAGCUGCAGUGUAUAUAUGAUGUUGUACAUUACACUUCUCUCUCUCUCUCUCUCUUACUCAACUUCUGUUGCUCCUCACUGUUUUUAAUCUUUGACGAUUACAAGUGUCCCCGCAUCAAGUACGCCAUGUGAUUACUUGACGCCCACCCUCUCCGUUACUUAGGCGCCUCACCCUGCUCGAAUCGUGCUCAGAGGGGGGUUUUUAGCUGCUGUCCAACGCCACCCCCCAACAAACACAACUUCAAGUUUCAGUUUGUCCCCCGGUCCGGGUGUAGAGAGUAUAACAAAAAUCAUGUCUGAGGUUCCAUUUGAGCUCCUUCAUAAAUGACAAACUAGAUCUUGAUGAAGAAACCAUUUUAAUUUUGUUUAUUUUGUUUAUUUUUUUCCAGUGAUGCGGAUUCUGCAUAUUUGUAUUUCAGAUGAUGUAGCUAAAACUUGAUGUAAAUUCCUCUUUUUUCCUUUUUUGGCUUAAUGAAUAUCAUUUAUUCAGUAUGAAAUCUUUAUACUAUAUGUUCCACGUGUUAAGAAUAAAUGUACAUUAAAUCUUCGUAAGACGUUUGCUGUGGAUUUCUUAUUCCCCUCCGAUUCGGUUGAGGCAGCAGUUAAUAAAGUGCUGAAUUUUCUGUUUGACAUGCAGAGAGAAUUUGAUACAUCCAAAGCGCUGCAGAGUGAGUUCUGCUGAUGGUUUCGAUAUUUACACACAGAUGCACAUCCACGACACACAGCCAGCUCUGUGGAGAACACAUCUUAUCGAAUGCACAGCCAUGUUUUCAAUCCUUGCUCUGGCUGCCAUCUCGCCCCGUUGUAAACUGUCCUUGUCCGCUUAUCACACGUUGAAAUUAACAUAUAAAUUUAUAUCAGUGGAAGGUGAACAGGCUGCUUGAUAUACAUAAAAACCAUGGGAAACGCUGUUCUUCUUUAAGAUACUGUCUCUAGAUCGCCUUUAUUUUGUCUUGACAGGGGCUACAUUCACAUCUCAGAGAAAAGAAAGAAGUGGAAUUUUCAAACUGCUUUAUAAAGUCAAGCAUAGUGGUCACCAUAUCAAAGGGAAUAAAUCUUGAUGCUUUGGUGAGCCGGUGUUUAUUUUGAAGGCAAAAAAAUCCCCUUAAAACCAAGAAACUUUGGUUCAGUUCAUUCAAAUAGCAGUCACUUAUGGGGAAACAAAAAACACCCACAUAAACACAACUGUACGAGCCAAAAGUGGCACUAAGUAGAUUUUAAAAAGACUUCUUUCCUUCUUUGGUUUUCCUUUCUCUUUUAUCUUUAUUUGCUCAGGAAGUCUCACUGAGAUCAAGAUUUAUUUUUAGAGACACAGGAACAAAGAACUCAAAAGUGAAGCCCUCACUUCAUUUUCACAACUCAGAGGAAAGUUUGUUUGAACUCAUAAAAGCGCAUGGAUCUCCCGAAAUAAACUCAGGCCUCAAUUUCUUGAACUGACUUGUCAACUCUUGGAUAUAUAAACAGAAGUUAACAUUUUUGUAGUCAUAGUGAAAUGACAUUUAUGUAAGGUAAUGUUGAUAAAUGAUGUCUGUGAAUUCACACAUUUACUCUAGAGCCAGCUAAAUGGCAUUUUUGGCAGGUGCUUCAGGGUUGUUAGCAUACUACGUGUAAAGUCAUCAUAUUCACCAUCCCAGGCUGGCAUUGCGGCGUUUAAAUUUGGUAGUUACCACGUUUAAUGUUAACCAUGUUGACUUUCCCAAUUUACUUAAAAGGUAUUUUUAACAGUCCAUUGUGUUUACAAUUACAGCACAAAAAAACAGUUAUUUUAUCGUUGUUUUCAUGAACAAGCCAUAAAAAAUUGUGACUGAUCAUUUUAUUUCAUUGCUCAUCCAUUGACCAGUAACUGAAAAGAAAAAGUCAUAUGCAAGUAAAAUAUUAUAGAUAACUCAUUAGUGAUUAACAAAUUUAAGUUUUACUAAUGUAAGCUAGAAAUCUUAUUGUUUCUCUUAUAUUAACAUGACUAAUGUCAGCUCAAAGUGGCCGAAUCCUUAUAACAGAAGUAUUCAACUGCAGUUUUUUUUUCAGGAGCUGGGAUUUUCAAUGUUUUCCCUAACAUUGUCGCCAAUCAUUUGGAUAGUAACAACUUCAUUUACAUUCUCCAUUUACUUCAUUUUAAACCUUGAACACAGCAGUCUGCAGUAAGAACAGUAUUCAAAGCUCCCUACUCUGAACUUGAA